CUCUGAGGAGGGAGGAGGAGGAGGCGGGCGGUUGGUGGGCGCCGUCGGCUGCUGUGGUAACGGGGCUCUGUCGGGGGAGGGGGGAGCGCUGCUUGGGGCGCCUCCCCUGCUCCCAAGAUGGCGGCGGCGGGGGCUGCUGGGGUGAACCCUUUCCUCAGCGACUCCGAGGAGUCGGACCCCGACGAGGCCCGGCCCGGCGGUGGCGGAGGCAGCAGCAGCAGCGACCCCGGCGGCGGAACGGCCGCUCCGCUCCCGCUGCCUUCGUCGGCCUGCUCUUCGCCGCCGCCGCCCCUACAGCAGCAGCAGCAGCAUCUGCCCUUGCCGCCUCCCUCCUCCCUGCAGGCCGAGGAGCCGCCUCGGGUCCCCGUGGACGCCCUGGCGGCUCAGCUGCUGCGCGACCAGUUCGUGCUGACGGCGCUGGAGCUGCACACGGAGCUGCUGGAGAGCGGCCGGGAGCUCCCCCGCCUGAGGGAUUACUUCUCCAACCCGGGCAACUUCGAGCGCCAGGGAGGAGGAGGCGGCGGCGGCUCAGGGGGGACGACGACGGCGCCCACCCCGCCGGCCUCAGCGGCCCCGGGGCUACUGGCGGGGGCCGGAGUGGGGAAGGAGCCCGGCGCAGCAGGACAGCUCCGUAAGUUGGUUUGUGGAGGGAAACAAAUAAAAUAAUAAAAUAAAAUAAAAGGAUAGCUCAGUACCGCCGACUCGGUCCUUGGUUGACCUUGGCGAGUUGUUUUGGUUUCGAUGCACUCCUCCUUUUUUGCCUCGGAGGAGCACCUGUCAGCUGUGGCAGGAAGGGAGGUGAGGCUGGCAGGGUUUGUUUUUGAAAGCAAGCGGUGGGUUUGGCACGUGUAAGGUAAUGCCCGGGUUGGGCUCACUCCGCUGCACCCCACCCCCAAUGCCCUGCUUAAGUUAGGUCAGUAAGUUAGUACCAUCAUAUAGUUCAACAUCAGUGCUUUUUUUCCUAGGGAAAAGCAGGGUGGGGAACUCACCAUCAAGUUUAUUGCAGGGCCAUUUGCACCCAACUCAAGCAGACAAUGACCUGGAUUAGAAUUGGCUGCAACUUCGUUGAUUAAUAAUAAUAAUAAUUUAUUAUUUAUACCCCGCCCAUCUGGCUGGGUUUCCCCAGCCACUCUGGGCGGCUUCCUACAGAACACUAAAAUACAACAACCUGUUAAACAUUAAAAGCUUCCCUAAACAGGGCUUCCUUCAGAUGUCUUCUAAAAGUUUGGUAGUUAUUUUUCUCUUUGACACCUGGUGGGAGGGCGUUCCACAGGGUGGGUGCCACUACCGAGAAGGCCCUCUGCCUGGUUCCCUGUAACUUGGCUUCUCGCAGCGAGGGAACCGCUAGAAGGCCCUCUGCCCUAGACUUCAGUGUCCGGGCAGAACGAUGGAGGUGGAGACGCUCCUUCGGGUAUACUGGACCGAGGCCGUUUAGUGCUUUAAAGGUCAGCACCAACACCGUGAAUUGUGCUCGGAAACGUACUGGGAGCCAGUGUAUGUCUUUCAGGAUUACAGAUAUAGGUGGAUAUUUGGCUCAGGCAUUGGUAUAUAUCCAUUCCAGCCCCCCCCCCACUAAAAAAAAAUAAUUAAAUUUUUUAAAGGUAAGGGAACUCAGUUUCUCCGUGUUCCUGCUAAAAAUACUUUUUAAAAAAUCCUGGUCAACAUGGUGUUGUUUGCCACACUUAGGGAGCAGUCCUGUAAACAAGGAGCUGGUAUGAAUGAGCCGGCGCAAAGCUACUCAGUUCAGCAGUGGGGCUAUUGCUAGCGGAGCCCACCUAAGCCUGGUAGAGAGAAAACAAACUUUUAAAGUAGUGCUUGAGAUGCACCACCCUUUUUGAUGCCUUAACUUAAUGCCAGGUUGCCAAGUCACACGACUGAGCUGAGGACCCAUCCUCUGUGGUCCUGCCUCUGCCACGCUGGUUUGUCAGGGCUUGCCCCAAUUUAAGAGCCUCUGAAAUCUGCUCAGCCACCUAGGUCCCAGCUCUCCUGGGAUGAGAGAGAUGAUACUAGAUGAUACUCCCUGGCUGAGAUGGGAAGAUGGAUUGUGUGAUAGUACUAUUAAGACUGGAACCCUAUGCAUUCUUACCUGGGUAUAAGUCCCAUUUAACUCAAUGGAAAUUACUUCUGAGUAAAUAUGUAUAGGUUGGGUUGCAGGUCAUCACCCCUCAUGCAGGUAUAUUACUUUGACAGGGUUGCUAGGUCAGAGGCUAUUGCUUCUAAACAUUAAUGAUGCUAGAUUCUUGUAGUCAUUGCCAUCUUCUUAUAGCAUCUGUUUUUAACAGUAUAGAAUUGGAUGUACAUGUUGAUCUUUUUCAUUCUUGCAAGUAGCAUAUCAUCAUGAGCUCAGGCUGUGCUGAUUAUUCACACAUCUGCAGAGGUGACAAGAAUAGCCAUGACUAUUCCUGAUCUGUGUGGGUUUUGCUUUCUUUUUGCAAGGCUAGAUGUUGGGUUGGGUCGGGUUCUUCUGAAUCACUUUCUAUCUUAUAAAAGUGAAAACUGACUCCCCUGUCACUUGCAGUUUGGUGCUGAAUCACCAAGCCAGGGUUAUCAGGAAAACCCAAGGAAUCAUAACCAGCUAACAUUGGGUUAGAUCCAGGCUCCUGCUCUUGCAAUGGGGCCUCUUCUUCCUCCUCUUCCUCCUACAACCUUCAUGUGCUUCCAGAAUUUGCUUUGGAGGGCUGAGGAACAUUCCAGAGCAGACGUUGGGAGCAUUCAAGGUGCUGGAGCAGGGAAGAAGGCUAAACUAGAAGUCUCCUUGUGAAGUGGAUUUCCAUUGAGCAAGUGGGCAGUCAUCAUUGGAUGUUGCUCUUUAUAUCACAAUAGUAGUUGGCCAAAUAGAAAACACUAUGUUCAUAUUACUUGCUUUGUGUUUAGUUCCUUCAAAUAACUGGCAUGAUGUUGUUUCAUUGCACCCAUGUAACAGUACCUUAAGUACUAGAAGUGGCUAUUGACAUAAUUUGCCAUAAGUGUUGGUGUCUUGUUUAAUGAUGGAGGCAUGGCUGACGCUGAGGCAUUGAAUUGGGAAAUUGGUAUUCCUGUGGAAGUGAAUAUUAGCAGGUUUCCGUGUAUUUUGUUGGAAAGAUACAGUGAGCAUUCGGGUAUGCACAAGUAUCUGCAGAAACUCAAAUUUGAUUGAAAUGUUUCUACCAUUGCCAGGAUAUAGAUAAAACAGAUACUCAUACAGAAGCUGUUGCAUGUGCCAUUGUAUUAGUUUUAUCUAUAGGGUCAGUAGGAAUAUGUUGUGUUCUGGAUAAAAUGAAAAUAACUUGGGUUAAUCAUAAGACACGUUAGAGUGAGAGAACUUCCCAAGUACGUCUCAGAACUUCCUGAGUUACAGAACUAUCCACAUUGGCAUUUCAACAAGCAUUAUCAGAUGCUUGGAAGACAAGUGUACAUAGGGGAAGUAUUAAUAUAUGAAACAAUUUUUGUUCUUUCCAGCUAUGACUCUUAAUCUAUAUUCUUAGACGUAAGAGGGAACAACUCCUAGUCAGUUCUGAUGAAAUGCUGGGGUCAGAUAUCUGCAGAAACACUGUUCAUGUGACUAUUCCAUUCUCAUGAUCAACUAACUCAGGUGGGAGCAUUGCUUCCAUCUGUAAACUGGAAAAUUGCAACUUGAAAUCUUCUGGGUCACAAAAGUUAAGCUAUAAUUGCGUGUCUGUUCUCUCCUUCCAUAUUAUGCUUCUCAGAAGUUAGACUUACUCCCAUGAACAGAUCUUAACACAUGUGUUUACUAGCAAAUUAUAAGAAUCAAUUUUUAGAAUUAUAUAGGUGGAAUGGACCCAAACUCUGUCUUAAAAUACCUGUUCCUAAAGCAAGUAUGGAAACAUAUGGUCCUUGAAGCUACUUAUGUUACAUAACUCCUGUUUCCCCCCCAGUAUUUAGAGGUGUUAACCAUGCUUAGUAGCAGUACCAAUAUAUUUUUGCACUAGUAUUAGUGUGGUAUGACACAAAUGACAGAGUCUAUUAUUUGAUACAUUUUGGGGUUAGGAAACUGCUCAAGGAGCUACAAAUGCAGCUAGCCUCAUAUCUAAUUAUACUGAAUGCUAUUUUGCUUUCAGUCUUUAGCACCAUGUUGGCAUAAAUACAGGUGUGAUACUGAUCUGAAAGUACAGUUAUUCUCAUCGUUUGAUAGCUUUAUUAACAUAAAUUAUUGUUUUGGUUGAGACCAUAUUAAUGAAGAAUAGAUAUGGUACCUCUGUCACAUUUUCUGAGAUGUUGUUUUAUUCAGUGUUUGCAGCAGGAGCUUUUUGAAUUUAUGGUGGCAUUCUUGGUUUAGCCAAGGAGAAAUGUUGUUUGGUAUUUUACCCUAUAAAAAUGUUCAAUUAUACUAUAAGCUCCUUUUGAAAUAGGAAGAAUGCCAGUAGGGGUGAAUUUUUCAUUUAUUGCUUUGGCACUAACUUCAGAAGGUGGAAUCACACCACUCUCUCCCUUCCCUCCACAUGUGAGGGUAAGAAGUAACACUUCCCAGUUCUGAAGAAAUCUCAGUUUCCUGUUAAAUCGGAACAUGGGAACUGCAGUUUGUUCUGGACUGAGCCUGGAAGUUUUACAUUUUCAUUGCACAUGCAAUCAGGAGGAAGGAAGGAGGAAAAAUGCUCUUUUUUGUCACAGCUAAGAAUGCCUUGUGGUUUUCCAUGUGUAGAUUCUGUGCAUGGAGAAGGGACAACAGGAUUGUGCCCCUGAUGUUUUCCAUAGCCCUGAGCACACCUCUGGGUUUCUCAGCGUUGACAUGGAUUUAUGUCUAGCACAGGGAUUGAAUACUUUUUUCAGCCCAAGGGCCACAUUGCCUCAUGGGCAACUUUCUGGGGGCCUCGUGUCAGUCGUGGAUGGAAUGAGGGAUGUGGCUCUUUACAGUUGGCUACAUUCCAGUCACUCAAAAGCCAGAAGUUUCUACACUCACACUCAGGCACAUAUCUUUCCAUCCAGGCAAGCAAGAGGCAUUAUCACAGUUCAAGGACAUAUUCCAAGCAAGGUAAAAGCAUUCAAGGAGAGCUUGGUGCAGGGCUGGUGAAGGGUAUGACCUGGAAAGAGUCCUGAAGGUCAGAUUGAGAGGCCUGCAGGAUUGCAUUUGGCCCACAGGUUCCUCACCCCUGGCAUAGCAAAAGCCUAACAAAGGCCAGAACCCCUAUGUGGUAUUGACAAGCUGGAACAAGUAGAGAGAUGGGCAACCAAGAUGAUUAAGGAUCUGAAAACCAAGCCUUAUGAGGAAUGUUUGAGGGAGCUGGGUAUGUUUAGCCUUGAAAAAGAGGAGACUCAGAGAUCUGAUAGCCAUCUUCUGAUAUCUCAAGGGCUGUCACAUGGAAGAUGGAGCAAGCUGGUUUUCUCUGGAGGGUAGGACCCAAACCAAUGGCUUCAGGUUACAAGGAAGGAGAUUCUGACUAAACAUCAGGAAUAACUUUCUGACAGUAAUAACUGUUCAAGAGUGGAACAGGUCCUUCAAGAGGUUGUUGACUCUCCUUCCUUGGAGGUUUUUAAGCAGAGGUUGGAUGGCCAUUUGUCAUGGAUGCCUUAGUUGCGAUCCCUGCAUUGCAGGGGGUUGGACUAGAUGACCCUUGGAAUCCCUUCCAACUUUACAAUUCUAUGAUUAUAGGUGAUUCCAGGUCCCAAUUGUGUUGAAGGAGUGAGGUAGUAGCUGCUUUUGUUUAAGAUUUUGUUAUAUGUAAAUUCAUGGAAACACAUGGCUGUCCAGGCAGCGUGGACACGCAAGACAUUGAACAGAGCAAGCAAAGCCAGCAGCACAGUUCUACUGCCUCUUUCUCUAGACAUUGGUUUUUGACAUGGAGGAAACCUGGAUUUCAGGAUCUCUCAAUUCAGCCCUCUCUGCCCCUACAAUUGCUUACUUGGAGAAUAUAUGGUUGAGCAUUGUUCUAUCUGGAGAUCUGGAAGUUAUGCACUAAUCAUGGAAACGAGGAAUGGAAACGAGGUGCUAAUAGUGGAAAACAAGACUAUAUUCAGAAAAAGUGCUAUUUUUGUUGAGCGGCUACUGUGUUUUUGUAGGUGAUUCUAGCUUAGAAUUAUUAAAAUUCCAUUCUCAUUAAGGCCAGCAUUUGUCACAUUUCUGUAACUCAUACUCUGCAGGCAUGAACAGUAUGUAGUAGUUUAAAAUGCUGUAAAGUUGGGUUUGUGGGUUAAACCACAGAGCCUAGGACUUGCCGAUCAGAAGGUCGGCGGUUCGAAUCCCCGCGACAGGGUGAGCUCCCGUUGCUCGGUCCCAGCUCCUGCCAACCUAGCAGUUUGAAAAGCACGUCAAGUGCAAGUAGAUAAAUAGGUAUAGCUCCAGUGGGAAGGUAAAUGGCGUUUCCGUGCGCUGCUCUGGUUCGCCAGAAGUGGCUCAGUCAUGCUGGCCACAUGACCCGGAAGCUGUACGCCGGCUCCCUCGGCCAAUAAAGCGAGAUGAGUGCCACAACCCCAGAGUCGGUCACGACUGGACCUAAUGGUCAGGGGUCCCUUUACCUUUACCUUUAAAGUUGGGUUGUAAUGGUUAGUAAAUAUUUGUAAGAUUUCAGAUGUAUUGUGUUUGUGUCAUUUAAUGAGUAGCGUAUGUUCCCUUUUCUGUUUCUUUUAGACAAUUUUCUUCUAGUAUGUUACUGUCUGCUUUGACUCUGUCCCAGGACAGCUAGCAGCAGAAUGAUGUACUAAUGGAAAUGCUUCUACAGCAUUUACCGUGUUGGUCUGUAAUUCAGGUGUACUUGACCAGAGCUAAUGACUAUCUAAGAAGAAUGUAUGUGGAAGAAACUUCUUGUAUUCCAUAUUUUGAUUAGGGCAUAACCUUUCAGAUAUUACUAAUCAAAAUUGCGCUCAUUCUAAUUCUAACAUGAAAAGUAAACUAAGCACUUGCUUCCUUUGGGCUUCUGAAAUACAAGUGUUUGCAAAAGUGAGGAGUUGUCUCUUUAUCCCUCCCCAUUUCUUGUUCACAGCAAUCCAGCCUCAUUUAUUAAACCCACAAGGCGGGCAUGCGGGGACACUUUUCUGCCCCACUCCCCUUGUUCUAAUCCUGACUAUGGUUCACUAUUAUGGUUAUUACAGCUGAAGGGCUCCAAAGUCAUAUUCCAGGCUUAACAGAGUUAAAGGCACUGUAGAAAUUCUAGGGCUUGCAUUUCUUCAAGGACUUCAGAACAUUUUGGGAAAUGAUGGGCUUAACUGUUUCAUAUUCCUCAGAGAUGCCUCAGAUAACAACUCCCAGCAUGAAAUAAGAAAAUAUAAUUACUCCUCAUAUGCACAGUAGCUUAAAACAGAACCAGAGAAGUGCAAGUAUUACUCUAGCAAGGGAAAUCAAGUCUGUUGUUGAAUAAUUAACCACUUUAAAAAGUUUGCACUGGAAAGCACAUGAUUAUCUGCUGUUACUGUAGAAUUAUGUUUUCAGCUUGAGAAACAAGGCUUCAUUUAAAAUCAUUCCAGCUUAGUACUUCAAGAAGGACAUUAGAUUAUUACAUAGCUACCACACCUAAAUAGGAUUGAAUGUUUUAAUUAUUACUUCUUGUUCAUCAUAUUAUGCAGCCAGUUAAUCAUUUUGCAUUCCAUUUUCAUUUUCAUUGCAGCAUCAAAAAAGUCGUAACUCUAUGAUAGACUAAUUUUGGUUUAUUGUAAUCAAAGUUCUAGUCAAAUAAAACUUUCUGGAUCCGUCCCCCCACCAAAAAAAAAGCUUCCCAAACUGAUUCAGUGCACCAAGUCCAGUAUAAAACAUUCCAAGAAGCUUAGGUUUCUUCUGAAAAGACUGAAAAGCCUCCAUCAGGCAUUGUCUGAUGGAGAAUCAAAUAUUUGAUUGAUAAUUUUUAAUAAAAUUGGGUGCUGAAUAAUUUGAAUUCAGUAUCUCUUCACUAAAGUUCAGUAGUUGGUCCACAAACCCAUAAUGGCAUAUUAUGCAGAAUUACAGAAGGACUGGAGGGGGAAAAGAUUUAGGACUCGAGUCUCAACGCAUGCUUACCAAUUUAAUAACUAGGAAAGACUUUUUUUCUUGCAACCCAAUCUUAACACUGGUAUUAUUGAUUUUUCUGCCAAGUGAAGCCACAGCUAAAGCAGCCUAUUUGUCUGGGGUAAGUAGCAGUUGUCCUAGCAAUUGCUUGCAGUGGGUAGUAGUAAUAGGCUGAGUGGCAAAUGCUUGGUCAAUAUGUUUAUGAUAAAUCAAUAAAAAAGAAGAAAAGAAUAAAAAGGCAAAUGCUUGGGCCUGCUUAACCUGUUGCCUCCUUGCUCACAAUGGUUGUAGGCCAAGGUUGGCAACCAUGAUAGUGUUGCACUAUUUUUAUCUAAGCAAAAUGCAGCGCUUCACUUUGAAUGCUGCCUCCUGAUGGUGUGUGUGUGAACGUACAUAGGCUGGCAGUACACAUCAAAUUCAGCCCCUACACACAUGCUCUUCAUAAAUGUGUACAGCUACUAGAAGAUACACACAGAUUGGCAGCAGUCACGGUAGUCUUUUGCACUCCCCUGAUGUUUCUCCACAGCUGCUUGUUUCAUGGUCACUCCCUCCUGAUAAGCGGAAGAGAGCAUUCACAGACAGACUUGUACAAGACUAUAAAUUGCAGAAUAUUUUUAAAGAUGUCUGCUAUUUAUAUUCCCUUAGUUGCAAAUUGUUAAAUCAAGGGUGGAGAACUGCUGACCAACAGCCUCUUGUCCUUAGUCAUGCUCAUGCAGAAAUUAGCAUUAGCAGCAGCAGCAGCAGCCAAGAAAGUUCCUGUUCAUGCUGAUAGUACCUUUCCCCCCUAAACUAUAUUGCUGCAUAUGUAAGAGUGAUUUUGAAUAGGCAGUUUGGGAGAUGUUUGCCUUCUCCAUGCACUGCCAGACCCAUGACCUCAAAAAUCUCCUGUGUGCCACAAUGAAACAUAGAGAACAUAAACCAUUUGAAAGAAUGGGACAUUUUACUGCAUGACAGAUCUUCAGUGGUAGGGAAAGACGAGGUGACUGAAAGAAGAUGGAUAGCCCACUGCUAGCUCUGACUCAAUCUGCCUCUUGUAUGUGGUCCCUGUGAGAUUUCCCACUCCCAAAGGAAUACAGACCCAGCACAAAAAGGUACCCCACCAUAGUCUUAAAAUAAAAGCACUUCGCACCUGUGUGCUGACAGAAGACUUGUGUCUACCGCAGUAAUCAAAGAUCUUGCAAACUGAAUGCAUGUUAACAUCUGUUUCAACUGUAUCAACAUUAAAUGGAGUCCCUACGUGAUAAAGAUAGCUUGUAAGUUUUCAGGAAGACAAAGUGUUGUGAAAAUAAAUUCUACUGCCAGUUUUGUUUGCAUUCUUGGAAACUCUUGAAAAGUUGCUUAUUCUCAUUUAAUUAAAAUUACCAAAUCUCCUUAGUGCCUUUUACUUCACAUAAUUUUCCUCAACUGAUCAACACGUUAUUUUUCUCGGAUUUGAAGCGGUCACCUCUGGCAUUAAUAAUAGCAGCAAGUCAGUGUAGAGUAAAGGUGUGGAGUUUUGUGAAGUAUGGUAAUUUCAAAAAAACUUGUUCUACCUGUUGACCAGGAAUAUGGAAGUUUGGAGAGUUUCUGUGCUUGGCAGAAACUGUUCAAGAGGCUGACUUAAGAAACAAGCUACAUCCAGGCCAAGGUACAGAAAGAACAACUCAGUACAGAUUAUUAUAGGAAAUAGGAUAGAUGGAGCAGAAGAGUAAACUGGCAAUUUAGAUGGAGAGCAGUUUUGUGAUUUCAGUGCAUCCUGUUGAUAGCACCAGAAUAAUGGUAUCUUUUUAAAAAUCUUUUUAAAAAAUUAUUUAGUUCUGUAUUAAGACCUGUAUGAUUACUUAACAAUUAUAAGACUAUACAGCUCUUGCAUUUACAAUGGGCACAUCCCAUUAACUUCAGUGCCAUUUACUCCUAAGUAAGUGUAUACGAUUACAGCUAUAAUACUCCACCACUCCCAGAAAUAGUACAGUCGUACCUUGGAAGUCUAAUGGAAUCUGUUCCGGAAGUCCGUUUGACUUCUAAAACGUUCGGAAACCAAAGCACGGCUUCUGAUUGGCUGCAGGAAGCUCCGGUAGCCAAUUGGAAGCCACGGAAGCCCUGUCGGACGUUUGGGUUCCAAAGAACGUUCACAGACCGAAACACUUGCUUCCGGUUUUGCAGCGUUCAGGAGCCAAAACGUUCAACUUGCAAGGCGUCUGAAUCCAAGGUACGACUCUAUUACUAUAAUGUGUUUUGUCUGUCCCUCAGUUUAUGAUUCUUUUCCAGUUUCCUGAUAAAGUAUUCCAGUUCUCCCACCCCCAGAGUAAUGCAUAAAUAGUUCUUAGUAAAAUAUUAUUAAGAAAGGAAGUUGAUAUUUUGCAUCUACUCUGUGCCCAGUGAAGUAAAAGAAGCGGAUCUCCUUGAAGCCAGCCAUGUAAUCAUUUAAUUUUAAGUUUCUUGUUUAGCUAGAGUCCAGUGUUCCUCAAACUUGGGUCACCAGCGGUUGUUGGACUACAACUCCCAUCAUCCCUAGCUAGCAAGACCAGUGGUCAGAGAUGAUGGGAGUUGUAGUCCAACAACAGCUGGGGACCCAAGUUUGAGAAACACUGAGCUAGACAAACCUUAGAGUGUAACAUGCUAACUGCAUAGUAUAAAACAAUGUUUCAGAUAUUACAGUAUAAAACACACUUACCGUAUUGGCCAGAAUAUAAGCCACACUUUUUUUCCAAAUUCCGACCGUGAAGUUAUAGUGCAGUUUAUAUUCCCAACCUUACGAUAUCGCUGCUGAAACAGCUGCCCUAGGUCCGCCUUCCUGCCUUGCCUUCCAAGGCUGGAAUGGAGAGCACCCCCCGCCUCCCAGGAUGCCACCACGAGGGCCAGUGGGGGUGCAGCAAUAAAGCAGGGGGAAGGCCGCCAGCAAAGCAGCGUGGCUACCCCACAGGAAGCAGCCCAGGAGCGCAAGAGAAUGGUACCCAUAGGAUUUUCUUCUACGUUUGCCAUUUAUGGGUGUGAGUGCCUGCAGAAUUUUAAGGUAGCGGCUUAUAUUUGGGUAUUGUCUUUUUUUUCCCUCCCUUGAAUUUUAAAGGUGCGGCUUAUUAGCAGGUUUGGCUUAUCUUUGGGCCAAUACGGUACUGCAAAGAGAUUUAUUUCCCUACCCUUUUUAAUUUCUUUACAGUUCUGUUAAACUGUUUCUAACUAGUUUUAUGCAGGUGUUACUCACAGCUCAGUUCCUUCUCCUGUUUCGUGGCUUGGUUUAGAGUUACAAUUCCUGUGCAGAAUUGACUUUUCUUCUUUUUUGCAUUUAAAUAGGUUUCAAACUUGUGUUGCAAUUCUACACUUAGCGUGUUUUCUUUAACCACUGAAUUUGUGUAUGUUUCAAACAUGGGUGUAGUAUAAGCAGCCUAAAAGGCAACAUGCUGCUAUUUGAGACAUUCCUGUCCCCAUAUUUUUUUCUUGCUGUCUUCCUCUUCCUCUUCCUGAUCAUCGGGGAAACUCCUCUUAUUAUUGUUAGAUUUAUAUCCAGCCCUUUACAGCUGUCAUAUAUAGGUAUUCGGCAUAAACUCUUGUUUUCUGUGGAAUUGUUACUAUGCUUACAAUACUGUAAAUCCUGUCUCUAAACUGACUUCUUUUCAUUCUUUUCCCUGUCUAAAUAGAAGAUCAUGCUCAAAGAGAACACAUUUUUGUGAGAGAGAGUUGAGGCAAACAGGCAGUGAAAUGUUUUGUGGUAAUGAGAGGAAAACAGGUAUAACUUAAAUCUGGCACUGUGUUAUGGGAAGAUCAUCCAGGGUAGCGUUUAACUAGAUUUUACUUGGAGUAGGCCUAUUGAAGUGAAUAAACAUGACUAAUUUGGAUACAUUAAUUUUAAGUAGGUCUACUCUGAAUAGAACUUUGUUGAAUACCACCCAAAGCUUUUUUUAAGUCCUUUGCCAUGUGCAGCCUCUAACUUCAGUUGGGGAACCCUUGUACAGGAUGGGGAGAACAAACAAAGCUCAAAUGUUUGCUUAAAUAUUUUUAGAUCGAGCUGGAAGCAUUAGCACUCUUGACUCACUGGACUUUGCAAGAUAUUCAGAUGAUGGCAACAGGGAGACAGAUGAACGGCUGGCUGGUGAGCAAAAUUUCAUAUAAAAUAAACUAUUGUGUGGAUGUUGCUCAGUGAAUUUUUAUUUGGAAAUAGUCUUUAGGUGUGUCACAUUUAUUUUUUAAAGUUACCUUUUAAGUUUAAUGUUUUGUAAAGUUUCUAGUAACAUGGAAUAUUUUUGAAUGGUUUAUUAAAUUUGUAACAGUACUUCUUUGGCUAGUUGAUUUAUUUAUUUUAUUUUUAAUACAAAAAACCUGUUCUUUAAAAAAGUUCCAUUGAUACAUUUUAUGCUUUAUGUCUUUUUCUGUCACUGUAAUAAUUGUCACAAAGCAAUAGCAUUUGAAGUCAAGCUGAAGACAACUACUGCAUCUAGUUUUGUAAGGAACAAAAUGCUGUUGAGAGACAAGUCCUUUUAAAUAUGAAACCUUUUAAUGGCUGUUUAUGUUUCUGCUAAAUGGUUUCCUUAUUGGUCCAGAAAGACUUGCGUGAACAGGCUGACUAGCAGUGUACUGUGUUGUACAAUUCUAAAUGAAAUAGGUUAGAAGUUGUGAUAAUAUUCAAAUAUGAAAAAUGUUUAAAGUUGAUUUCUUUAAAACUGAUAGUGAAGACAAAAGCCUUAUAUGAUCAACAUUCUAGCGUAAUACUUUCAGGGCUGAAUAUUGCAUUUAAAAAGAUUGUCAACAUUCCAGAAUUAUCAUAUUUUUCCAUGUAUAAACCAUGUUUUUUGCUUUAAAAAUUUAGGCAAAAAUUGGGGGUCAUCUUAUACAUGGAUUGUGAAUGCACAGGAGUUCGGCCCCAGGCACUGGUAUGGGCGGCCUGGGCUCAGGCUCUUAAAAUAUGGUAACCCUAACUUUGGGCAACCUUCGCGAAAAAGUUCAACAACUUUUUGUUGGAGGGCGACCUCCCACUCCCAAAAGCUCAAAGUUGUUCUGUUUGAUGCUUAAAUUAUUGAUUUCUUAAUUUUAGGUUCAAAAAAAGGGGGGGGUCAUCAGUCAUCUUAUACAUGGGGUCAUCUUAUACAUGGAAAAAUAUGGUAUACUUCUUGGGUUGAAUGUUGCAGUGUCAUGCUGUUUUAUCUUGAACUUGCCAAACAUUAAGAGCCACAGAAGAAUGGGUUUUGUCUUGAUAAAAAGAUCUUAGUGGUUGUGUAACAACUGGUUGCCUGUCUUCUGCAAUAGUUUUGUUACCUCACAUACUUUAGAAAAAGAAAAGUGAGGGGGCUUUAAUUUCUUCACAGCUCCAUGGAGAAAUCGCUGCCCUGGUUUAGCUAUCACACUGAACUAUGAUUUAGGUUGACAUCCAAACUAGGCUAGUGGAUUCUCCACUGGGCCAUGGAGAAUGAGCUACAGGAAGCCUCCAGCUCCUCCCACCCUUCCAUCUCUGGCACAGUUGUCAGAAAGGGUUUGGAAACGGUGGCUACUGCUUUGCUGGCUAUGGUUGGUUUGCAACGAAACAAUUUAAAAACCUGUGGUGGGUCAGAAUUGCUCUCAGGGUACUGGCAUAACAUCUGCUUACCUGGAUGGGGUUGGGGGCAGGGCAUAGUCAGGGUUGCAAUAUGCUGCUCCUGGCCAGCCCUAACCCAGCCUGGUAAGCAGCAAUGAUGCCAAUGUUGAGAUGGUAAGCUGCAAUGAUGCCAGUAUGGUUCACCUCACCACAUGUUCCUUAUCUGCUGUUGGCAGAGAUUACACCUUUCCCCCUAAGGUGGUUAUGCUUAUUGUGAAGACUUGACAUGCUACAAAUUCCAGGGAGGUAGCUGUGUUAUUUUAGCUGCAACAGAAUUAACAGUCUCCUGUGGGCACCUUUAAAGGCAUGUGACGGGAACCAGAGAAGCACAUGGGGAAGUCCAGAGGAUAGAGGAGCCCUCUGAAGCAGCAUGAAUAUUAGAGGAAGGAGCAGGGAAUGGGUGCAGACUGGAAGCUUGUGCUAGCAGCAGAUGCACUUUCUGCUCACACAAGAGACCAUCUGGAUCCCAGCCUAACAUAUUUAUUGCAGCAAGAGUGUUUUUGGGUUACAUCCAACUUGAUCAGUUGAAUUUUCAGAAGCUAAUGGAGAAAUAAACAUAUUAGUCAAAGCUGGAACAAAACUCUAUUGUUUUUGAUUCUGCUAAAGUCAGGGCUGCAGUUAUGAAGUCAUUAUUAUCAAUGGGGGGGAAGUCUAGUCACUGUCAUAUUUUUACCUGAAAAGAAUGAAAAUAGCUCAUUAAAUUGUAAUAAAAACAAUGACUUUUUUUUUUACUAGAAUAUGUGGGUUGGAACCAGACAAAGUUAGUUGUGCUUUUGCUUGCCCCAUCGGAAUCUAACUUUAGGGUGCAAUCCUAUAACACCUUCCUGGGAGUAAGUCUCAUUGAACUCAGUGCUUGAUUCUGAGUAGACAUGUAUAGGAUUGUCCUGUUAGUCUGGAGCCAACCAUCUGUUUUUAUUUCAGCCAGUCAUGCUUGAUAUAUUGUUGAAUAUCUAUAAUACAUAUAUAUACUAGCUGGAUUAAAAUGUUAAAUGUCUGAAGAGAAACCAUGCAGCAGAGUAAACUGUUUUAAUGGUAAAAUUAAGUACACAAUGUUAAGUUACACUGGUUGUUUAGUGUAUUUCAGAGCUGUUAAUUAGAUAAUAGAAAGACUUUGCCGUCUGACAUGGGUUUAUGUGAUAUGGUUUUUCUGGCUUUCUGUGCCCUUGGUGAUAUGUCUUGCUGUUGAACAUUAGUUUCCUUACUGGAAUUCCUGAGCUUCUCUACAAUUUGUGUUCUUGCUAUCUUUUUUUGAACAUUUUUAUCAUCAUGUUGCAGGGCAUUUCUGAUCUGCAAUUGUUCUGUAACAAACUAUUUUUAUAUCUUUUAAAGGAAGAACCUUUUAAUUUAAACUCAAUUCAUCUACAAGUUGAGUAACUUUUCAAAAAGCCAAGGUUAACCAAAUUGUGCUAAUGCUGGCUGCUUCUACAGAAUUAAUUUAUUAAUCAGUAGAAAGUCUCAACAUUGUUUUCAGACUUUGUUGCACAGAAAUAUUUGCAGAUCAGCAUUGCUGAUUCCUACAGAUUUUUUUCACUUUCUCAUCAGAUCCUCAGUUGUGCUUUCGUAGUUCUGCAGUAAAGUUCUGUGCAUCAAACAAGUUCUUUCCAUGUAGUAGAUGUGAUGUACUCUAACUACCCAUUCUGUUUUUAAAGAAGAAAAAUGCAAACUGAGUGAAUCUUUUUCCCAUACACACUUACUACCAACAUAUUACACAAAUUCAUCCAUAAAAUACAGUUAUCGCCAUACAUUAUCCAGGGGUGAAAGGCUCCAAGAAAACAGCACCUGCUUUUUUGGCACAACCUAGGUUAUUCCAAUAUAAAGAUUUUAAGUAAUUACCUAAAAAAUACAGGACUGUAGUCAACUAGGUUUUACCCAGAGUAGGCCCAUUGAAGUUAAUGGAACUAACUUAAAUAUGUUCAUUAAUUUCAGUGGCUCCAAAUUAGUUGAAUACCACCUAUAAUUUCCCCCAGAUUAUUAUAUGUUGAUAGUGUUAAAUGUUAAUUACAAAUGUCCAGAGUGAAUUCUAACCCCUUAACUCAAUCAAUGUAAGUUCCAGUUCUGAGAUAUUUGAUAAAUUGGAUCUACUUACAUAUUGUUCAAAGUGCUGUGGCAGAAAGCAAUUCAUAAAUGUUAAAUUAUCUCAUCUUGUCUAAAUGAUGGAACAAAUGUUUUGUUUGGAAAAUUAUUACAUGUGUCUCUAGCAAAAUUUAAAGUGGCGUAAGGAGUAGAACCAGCCCACUGAUAAGCUGCUCCAAAAAACAUCAUGCCACAUAGAAAAACAUAGAGCUGCCUCCAGUAGCUGUAAAAAUGUAGAUUAUAACCUGUGUAGUUGCUGAUAAUUCCAUUUUGUUGAUGAAAGUUGUAUUUCAAAUUCAUCCCAGUCCCUCAAAGCAAGUCACGCUCAUCUUCACACUUCUCUUUUUCAACUUUAAAGUAUUAGUCGUCAUUAAUGCCUUGUAAGGAAAAUCUUUCAAGCUUUCCAAAGUGGUACAAUAUUCUGCUUAAAGCCUAUAGCAUUCCUUGUCAGACAGCUUAAGUUAUUCAUUAAGGUUAGACUUUAAUUAUGGAAAAUGUUCACCAGUUUGCUUCAGUCUAACUCUGCUGCAUGCGUUCAUGAGUUCCAUAAAGAUUGCAUGCUUUGUCUUUAAUACAAAUUGUAUUUUAUUUUCACACCCAUCCUUGCUUUUUUAUAUUUCAUUUUUGUUUCCCUAUUCUUGGUUGGAUGCCUGUGUAUGUUUAAUCCAAAUCCUUGUCCAGUCCUGGAGUUUGAACUACGGAAAGCAAAGGAGACCAUUCAGGCCCUCCGAGCCAACCUGACUCAGGCUGCAGGUGGUGUACAUAAACCUUUUCCUUCGUUUUUUUUUUUUUUCAUUUUGACAAAAUAGCAGUAGGUGAUGCCUCACAAAAUGGAGAAUAAUAUUUUUUUAUAUAUUGCUGUUUGCAGAAAAUGAAGUUCCUUUGCAGGAACGGAGAAAUUACAAAUCAAGUCCUGAAAUUCAGGUGGGUAGUUUGGACUGGGGAGGGGGGACACACCCUAUUAUUUGCUGUUAUCGUCUACCAGCAGUUAGCCAAUAGCCUUUUUUAUAAUAAAAAAAGCAAUAUUUAUAUACUCCUUGAUUGCAGUAAAACUUGUAGGUGGUGUGGGGGCUGUUUGCCUGUAGAUAGAUAUAGAUAGAUAAAUAGAUACAUACAUACAUAGACAGACAGACAGACACACUACACAAUUAGCUUGUUGAGUACACCGUGUAAACUACUCUGUGAUAUCUAGACAUGACUGAGCUGCUAUCUUAAUACAUAUGAUAAUGAUAGAAUAAAUAUUCUAAUGAGAGUAUUUACAUCUCUUACAUAACUUCCUUCUUUUUCCUAGGAACCAAUUAAACCUCUUGAAAAAAGAGCUCUAAACUUCUUAGUCAAUGAAUUUUUAUUAAAGAACAGCUACAAGCUUACUUCAAUAACUUUUUCAGAUGAAAGUGAUGAUCAGGUAAGUUUGAAUAAUAAUUCCGUUACAGCUUGUCGUUUCCCCACUUACCUUUCCAAGCACUUGGUAAUUCUUGAGCCUAGUUUCCAAACAAUAUUUGUAUAGUGACUCAUAUGUAGGAGAGACUGGUGCAGGCUUAUUGUUUUGGUCAGAGCAGGAAAUAGUAAACCACAAAUGGAGGCCCACAACAAAAUACAUCUGUCUAUCACCAGCUCCUGACAGUGGUGCUCCCCCUUCAGGGCUGCAGCCAGCUUGGAACAUGAACUUUCUAGUACUGUUCAGGACUCAUAGAGGAGAUAAGUCUUCAGGUGGAGCAGGUGUUCGCCCCCUCACUCCUAAAAUAUUCCAUUGCUAUUCUGUUAAGUGCUGAAACGUUCAGGUGUGGAUCUGGCUGCCAGCCUGGGACUUCUUUAAAGCACAGAGAGAGGGUUCUAGAGAAGGAGAAUAGAGAUGAGAAAGGCCACCUUCCCUGAUUAGCGUGGGAGGAAGACAUUUUUGUGUUUUUUUUAACUUGGUGGCAGCCAUCUCUGUAACCUUAGAACCGAGGAGUGGGGGAGAUUUGCAGGUGAAAUUGUCCUUUUUUUCUUUUCUCAUUCCUGAAACCUCCCUAUAGACUUGGGACAGCCAUACCCAGGAUAGCUAGCUGAUACAAGGCCAGAGUUCAGGUGUUAUAACACUUCUUUGGGCUUCUUUGUCAAUCUCCAACUUUACUGUCGGGUGGCCUUUUAUGGGGCCUGAUGGCCACUUCUCCCUCUAAUUCUGGAGCCAUAUCUGGUCAAGUUUUUCAGCUCGCCCUCUGUCUUCCACUCAGCAAUUUCCCCCCUCCUUUUUUGGCAAAUGUUGACAUGGUCUCUUGCUUCUUACUGGGGAUUUCCCCCUAAGGUGCCAGGAUCCUGUCUGCCAUGCUGAUUUUUGCUUAUAAAGGGGAUUUCCACAGCAUGGCUUAUUUUGGGGUUCAGUUUAAGAAUCUGGCUGUCUGGUCCAUGUUGGACAUCUGUUUCCUUCAACCCUCCCCCAUCUGUCUUAUUUUUCCAGUCUGUUGCAUCUCAGAAGUCAUAUAGCUCCUGUCUUCAGCCUUCUGAAAGAAACACCAAGCUUGCGCAUACACACACAGGCAUGCGCAUGCUUAUGUCUAACCAAGGUCAACUCAUAACAAUACUUGACGGGAUGAGAAGGGAAGUUAACAAUUAAUCUUCUGCUUUUACACUUCUAAAGGAUUUUGAAUUAUGGGAUGACGUAGGACUGAACAUUCCAAAGCCUCCAGACUUGCUACAACUCUACCGUGACUUUGGGAACCACCAAGUAACUUCAAAAGAUGUUGUAGAUGUAGCAGUUGGCCCGGAAGAGGAUGAAUUUGAUGCAACCACUCCUAUUCUAGAGAACAUUCCUAUAUUUGGAACACCAGAAUCUAUAGAGGUAGACAAACAUCAUUCACUUUUGUCAGUUUAAAACCUGCUACCAAAAUGCAGUGUGAUAAAUUAUUUCCUCUCUCCCCCCCUUUAUGUUUUCUCCCCCUUUAGCAAUGUGUAAUGGUGCAGAAAUUGGAAGAUCAAAUUAAUGUGUUAAGCACCGAGAAGUGGUCUCUGCUGGAACAAAUACGAAGGCUUGAAAGGUAUAUCCUCCAGCAUUGUAGACUAUGUGCUUUUUAGCAAAUGGGAAGUUACUUGGCAUUUUAUAGUCUCGGAAAAGGCGGAUGGCACAGAUAAAUAAAUGAAUCACUUAAAUGCUCAGUAGUCAUCUCAGUUACAACAUAAAUGGUAAACAAUUCAAUAUUUACUUGACUUUGUAACUUCUUGUGUCUUGUUGAUCUUAAUGGUACCGUUAAGCGUGCCUAACUUUGUUUCAUUUGUGCCCUAAAUUGCAUUGAAUAGGCCAGACAUUGAAUUAUGCUGCUUAAGAAACCACUUUGCUUACCAAUGUGGUUUAGUUGCUAUUUUCAAACUAACAGCUUUCGAUACCACCAACCAUUGUAUCCUAGAACACGAAGUCCCAGGGAGCCUUCCCACAGCAGCUGGUCCCAAGAAGGAAUGAUCACUGUUCCUUACUUAUAAGCUCUUACGGCAAAUUUAUUCCAGUAGAAAACUGCUAAGUUUUAUUCCUAUGAAGUGUAACUAAGGUUUGUCCUAUGCCUUGUAGCUUGUGGUUUAUCUGGGAGAGUUAAACCAUGAGCCUGGUUUCAGACCACAUACUAAGCCAAGCCAUGGCUUAGCUCAGCAAUACAGAUAAAUAACUGGGGAGGAGGAAAGUGGCCAUGGUCUUGUAUUUAGGAGUCCUCACAUUUGCUCAUUUGGGUUAAGCCAUGACUUGGCUAAGCAUUACAUAUGAACAAGGGUGCUACAUGCUCCCUUCAGUAUGAUUUUUAUCAUGGAAAGAUAGGGUUUUAAUGGCUACAGAAGGGUUGCGGAGUCUGUGGUCCUCCGAAGAUUAGAUUCCAAUUCCCAGAUUGGGAAUUAUAACACAACAUUUGGAGGGCCACAAGUUCCCUAUUCCUAGGCUUAAUAAAUAAUUUUUUGAAAACCUUCCAGUUUCAUUUCCUAAGCUUCUGAAAUAGGUUUUGUAUAUGACCUGGAACACAUUUGGAAAACCUGUUAAUAUAUAUUUUAGGUUACUGGAAGUGGUUUACUUACUAACUUGUUUCUUAAUUCCAAUCCUUUAUGUCCUGCCUCCCUCUUUUCAGUGAGAUAGAGUACUUAAGAAAUGAAAAAACUCCUGUUCCAGUGAUAUUCGAUUCAGUCCAGUCAUCUUUAGCUCAAGUGCCUCUCACAGUCCCAGACGAUAACGGGAGAUAUUUAGAUAUCCAGAGUUCGCUUAAUGAUGGUCAGCAUGGUGACACUGAAGAGAAAAGACCUCCUAAAGAAGAUAUGAGAAUUUCUCUUCCUUUGAAGGAAAGAGAAAAACUUCCAUCUUGUCCUCCAUCAAAUAAAGCUGCCAUACACUUCGAUAAACCCAAUCGGUUAGUGGCUUAUUCUUUUUCCAGUAAAAUAAUACCAAUGUUGUAAGAUUCUUUUAAUGUUUCACUUGCUGUGCAGGGCAGAUUUAACAAGUGUAUGAGGGAUCUGAAUUUUUAGUGCACCCCCCCUAAGCAUUUGGGUUUUCCCCCUUCUGACAUGGGAAAUUUCCAUGCGUGAAGCUAACAGUAUCUCUCCUGCCUACCUUCCCAGUGCUGACCUGAUCACUGAUGCUCCUGCAUUGUGUAUCCAACUUGCUUGCAUUCCUACCAUUUAAACACUGACUGUGAUGGUCAUUAAAAUAAAAUAAAAAGGUUCAUGGUUCACUUCUCCAGCCAUGGAAACUGCUGCUGCAGGAUUCAAAGAUGGGGCUCUAGUUGCAUAAACACUUCAUUCCUGCAUGUACAUAUUGCUUCUUUGUAUCACAGGUCAGAGAUUUGAAUCCCAGCCACCGCCAGCACCCCUAUUAAAACAGAUGGUUAUGCCUGCUGCAAGUAUGUUGAGGCCCUAGCUUUGAGAUGAAAGGUGGUUUGUUUGACAUUUGGAUGCAGCCACAAUGAGGCUGUCUCGUGUUCCUUUUGUUCUUUCAUCUUGGCCAGGUAGCUUCAGACCUUUUCAGACCCAGGAUCCACGUUUAACCCAAACAUGCAUUGGGGGAUCCAGUUCUUAAGUCUUUUACCAUAUAUUUGCAUGGUGAUGGUGCUCCUGUUGUGACCCCCUUGGGAUCAGGCGAUGACCCGCUAGUGGGUCGUGACCCACCAGUUAGACCAGUGAUCUAGUCCAUAUAACAUCAUGAGCUUAUAGAUACUGGUGCUCAUCUUUUAUCUCAAGAAAAUGUGCAGUCACACUACAGGUUUUCAUGCCUUACUGGUAAUGUUCAUGUAUAGCAUUUUUAAAAGACUUCGUAAUAUGUGUUUCUCACCCUGAGCCUCAAAAUAAUAGUGUUGAAUAUACUUUAAGUGGGACUUGAUAAUGAGCUUUCUUUUUGAAAUGAAUAAUUUACUCAUAAGCAAUUUGAGAUACCUCCUUGAAAUCAGGACUGCUUCCUGAACGCUCUUUGUAAAAACCCAAAUUUGAAAAUUGCUACAUUUGUAUCAAAAGACUGAAAUAUAAUUGGCUCAUAAUAUUACCAAAGUCAGUUUCCCCAUUUGGUUUGUAGUAGGCAGAUAACCAUUUCUAUCCAACAUUGUAAGAUCUGAGGAUUUUGAUGGACCAUAUUGAUUUUGAUUCUUCCCCCCUCCCCAGCACAUUACAUGCAAGCAUAAUUAGGGUGGCAUUUUAGUAAAAUCCAUUUGAAUCUUAAUCCUAGUUUACAUAAAUUACGAAUGGUUCUUGUUUCCAUUUUGGAACGUUCUGUUGCAUUGAGAAACAUAGCUUUCAUCUUUUCAACAGACAUGUGUAGCACUCCCUUCCCCUGGUAAAAUGCCUUUGUAAGUUGGGUUGGGUUGCACUGUAAGAAGAAAAGCGCAAUAUGAAAUUUAUAAACAAGACAGGUAACUCAAAAGAUAGCAGUUGUUAAUUACAUUUUCCUUCUUGGUAACUUGUCCAAGCUUAGUGUACUUCUCGUUGUUGUUGUUGUUGUUGUUGUUGUGAGGAUAAAAUGGGAAAGGAAAGGAGCCGUGUAUGCCACCUUGAGCUCCUUGGAGGAAAGUUGGGAUGUAAAUGAAAUAAUCAAGAAAUAGAUAAAACUGAAAUGUUGUUGCUGUUUUGUAUUUUAAAAAUCUGUUCACAUCAGUGGGCAAGCUUUUGGUUUCUCGUGGAAACUAGUUUUCUCAGUCGAGUAAUAUAAUCUGUAUGAUAGUGUAGGAGUAGCAUUUGAGAGGUUUUUGGCUAAUCUGUAAAGCAGUUUAGAAUUCUAGCAGCAUGCACACACACACACACACACACACACACACACACACACACUGUGUUCUGUAGCUGUCAGUUGUGAGUCAAAGAGGCAUGCUACUAAUAUCAGUUAUCCAACUGUCUUCUAUUUCUCCCCACGCCCCAACUACUGCAGGAAGCUGUCACAUGCGUUCCAUCAAGCAUUGCUGUCUUUCUGUCAAAUGUCAGCAGAGAGCCGUUUGGGAUCAGAGGUAUAUGUCCUUUUUGGAAAAUGUUAAAUCUUGAUGAGUCGUAACAUCCAGGCUGAGGAGACCAUAUUGCUGAAUUUUUAAUACUCCAGCAGACUUCUGGCCCGUUGCUUAUGUAGCUCCAUAGAGGAGAUUUUAGAAUCUUUGGACUGGUUAUUAGCUUUGGCAGACACACCCAGUAACCUCAACAAGUGCCAUUGUUGAAAUGGGGGUGGCUCCAGUUGUAUUACUCAGAUGGAGUUAUACUGCUCCUCAUGUGUUAGCCUACACAGAUAACUUUUGUGUCUUUUGGUUUCAAGACGUUUAAAAUGAGCAUGUCAACCCAGUAUCCUGUUGUGUGCUGAUUUCUGGGACGGAAAACAAGACAUGACUGAUUUCUUAAUUUACCUUAAGAAUUGCAUAAAUGCCAUUGCAGCAUAUUAUUUCUUUUUCUUUCUCUUUUAAAUCAAAAUUGCACUUCCAGGUGUCCCGAAUUGCUGAUAGUGAAAAAAGCGUCAUGCUGAUGCUUGGACGUUGCUUGCCGCAUAUCGUUCCUAAUGUCCUGCUUGCAAAGCGAGAGGUGAGAAGUCCAGACAUUUUUAUUUCAAUUUUAUGCAACAAUUUCUGUUUAUUGAGAAGUUAGUAGUGUUUAUUAUGUUGAAGUCGAUUACUUGCAAUCAUCUUAUUACUUUUGUGCAUGCAUCUCUGCUCCUAGAGAAUGGUUGUGCACCUCUGCCAGGUGAGUUUAGCAAAACAGCAUGAUAUCCUACUCUUUGUCCUUUUGCUUAAGAUCCUUGAUGGCACUCUGCGGGGCUGUUAUUGUGAGUCCAUCUGUUUUGCCCUUCAGUUUGCUUACUUGUGUUAGCUAAACCCACUUCUAGUGCUUCUGUGUGUCAAAGCAGAGUUAUAAUAUUGAAUUGGGGUGAAUUAGCCUCUUAACAUCGAUGAGAAUUAUAUAUGUAUAAUUUAAAACAAUACAUAUAUAAUUAACAGAGGUUCUCAAGGCAGCUUACAAUAUGUUUAAAAUACAGUAAAACAAUCAGGACGUUAGUCCCUAACUAGAUAGGAAUUCUUUAUCCAAGUUACCAUUGACAUGGCUUGCAACUGUUGGCUCCCAGCGACAGGCAUAAGAGGUCCAGGGGGUGGAAAGAAGGCAAAGAUUACAAGAUGCUCCCCAGUCGCUUGAUUCAUCUGGCACUGAACAUCUGGACCACAGCAGAUUUCAAGGGGAAGGGGGAAUACUUCUGCACUAGAAUUCAUUGCGAAAAGAGCCAAACAUUAGGAGUCCCUUGUAAGGGAAGUAAGUUAUAUAGCUUUAUUUCUUGUAAAGCAGAAUAUAUGCUGGUAAAAAGCAAAUAGAGCUACAAAUAUUGUUGUGCCUAUACAAGUUUUACAAGAAGAAUGUCCUUAGAAUUGAAUAGCAUUUGGCAGAAGCAACUCACCCAGCAGGACAGAGCUGCGACAUAAACUUCCCGGCCGUGGAGACACUGCUGCUUACUGAGUGGUAGGAAUCAGAGAAGCUGGUACAAUCUGAGCGCAACAGCAGAGCCAGUCUGGUGUACUGUCAACAAGCAGGCUGCCUCACCCUUUUCCCUCCUGGUAAGCAGCAGCAACGCCACUUCUGGAAAGCUAGGCAUUGUGCCUUUCCUCCAUUGGGCAAGGCACUUCCAGUGCUUGGGAUUCAAGGGAUGAUAUGCUGUCACUUUUACAAUGUAGAUUAUAAUGCAGGGAUAGGAAACCUGGUGCCUUCCAGAUGUUAUGGGACUCCAGUUCCCAUCAUCCCCAGCCAGCAUGGCCUAUGAUCAGGGAUGGUGGAAGUUACAGUCCGACACCUGGUGGGGAGCAGGUUCACCGUACCUGCUGUGAUGUGAGUCACAUCAUACUAAAAGGAUGAUUCUUCUUGUAGGUACUUUAGUGGUCUGGGAUUUGGCCCUUAUUGACAGAACUUUCUAAUGCAUAUUAUAAAGAAUGACAUGAGCUGAAGAUGAGGCGGUUGUGUGUGUUUUGUUUUUGGUUAGGAAUUGCUUUUCCAGCCAGCUUGGCUUUACCUAUUAAUCUAGAGAAAUAGUAAUGCGAUUGGCAUUUUAGCCCUUGGGGGCUGUAUGAAAAGGCAACCAAGUCAAGAAAUGUGUACUGAUCCCUCCGUUACAAUGACUUAGCAACCUCCAUAUGUCUAUAAACUUUUCAUUAGAUACAUUGAAAUUCUACAAUUGCAUGCAGCAUUUAAGUCUAUAAACUGUAUACCUUAUGGACUAAACUAAUGAUUCUGUUUAAGUUGUGAUAGAAAAACAACUGUAUAAGAUGUGUUCCAGGAUCAGUUACUAAUUUCUGACUCUUGCCGUUUGGCUUGGCGGGGUGCUACCUGAGCUUCUCUUUGCAGCUCCUAGUUACACUUGGAGUUAGUGUAAGAUUUCUGCAGCCUACCUCCUGCUUACUUUUCCCUUGCAAAAUUUGUGGAAAUAAUAACUACAUAAACAUUCGUUCAAGUUACUAUCUGUGUUUUAGAUAUGAAAUGUCUUACGUUAGAACCUUGUGCUUGCAUGUAAACCUUUUUUUAAAAAAGUAGAAUAUAUUUGGCAAAAUGCUGAAUUUAGAAGAAAAGAAAUACUAAUGGUUUGUGUUGGAGCCUACUUGUGCACAAACAUGAGGCCCAUAUUUUUAUUUCAGUUUCCCUCAUUUGGCAUAAUUUCAACAAAUAAUACACCUUCUGUUUUUAUAUUACACUCCAAUACUAAUUGUUGUGUAUAUAAACAUGUGUACAUUAUGUGAGUGAACGAUUGAAUAACUAGGUUCUUAAUGUUUACUUUUCCCGGAUUAGUUACAUGCCCGAGAAAGUCAGAGCAAUGUUGAGUUUAUUGCAAUAUAGUACCCAUUUCAAAACAUACCACAUGGGUGUACUACUUCAAAGUUCAACAGAAUAUGAAUAAUAUGACAAUACAUGUUAGGUUGUUCUGAUUUCAUGAGAAGCAGAAUUAUAUUAUUAAUGGUAUAGAUCAAUAUAUUUACAGGGAUCUGGUCACAGGGAGCAAAAGUAGCAUGGAACUAGUUCUGUGAAUUCAAUAGGACUUUAAGGCAAUGGCUUAAGGCAAAGACAUGGACUCCCACGUUGUCUGAACCGGGGUUAGCUCUCUCCAGACGAACCAUGAGCCUCAACCAAGAUUUGUCCAAUACUGUAUGGUUGUGGUUUUCCAGGACAGCUAAACUGUGAGCCCAGGUUCAGAUGACAUACUAAGCUGAACUGUGACUUAGCUCAGCGCAGCAGCAAAACAAUCAGAAAGGAGCAAAGCAGCUGUGAUCUCCUUUCCCAGAAAGAAACCUCACAUUCACACUAAGCCAUGGUUCAUGAUGUGUGACCCAGACCAAAGAAUAGUUAAAGUGUUACAGCUUGGCGUAAAUAGUUAUUUAAUAAGUUGUUCAGACGGGUGCUUUACUAAAUUGAAUGGUCCAUCUAGGUGCAAUCUUGUAUUUGUCGAUACUGUAUCAGAAAACCUGUUUUGGUGGUUUGGGCCAUUAUCUUCUGGCACGUGAGCAGCAUUGUGGAAGAAAAGAAAACACCCCUAGAUUAUUCAUGUUUCCCCUUUAGAGCAAAGUGGAUUGGGGAAUUAUUAGUUCUUCUGGCGAGGAAUUUUGCAGUGUGUUGUAGUUAGAGAACCUGAGGAAACAGAGGCAAAUGAGAAGAUUGUAGGUAUGGCCAAGGAAGACUUCAUCGCAUAAUAGACAAUGUAAAGCUUAAAGAAGAAGCACACUUCAUUCCUUUGGGAAACAUUGUAUUCUUUCCCAGUAAAGUCAAGUAAAGGUAAAGGGACCCCUGACCAUUAAGACAAGUCGUGGCCGACUCUGGGGUUGCGGCGCUCAUCUCGCUUUAUUGGCCAAGGGAGCCGGCAUACAGCUUCCGGGUCAUGUGGCCAGCAUGACUAAGCCGCUUCUGGCGAACCAGAGCAGCGCAUGGAAACACCAUUUACCUUCCUGCCGGAGCAGUACCUAUUUAUCUACUUGCACUUUUAACGUGCUUUCAAACUGCUAGGUUGGCAGAAGCAGGGACCAAGCAACAGGAGCUCACCCCAUUGCGGGGAUUCGAACCACCGACCUUCUGAUCGGCAAGUCCUAGACUCUGUGGUUUAACCCACAGCGCCACCCGCGUCCCUUAAAGUCAAGUGUGACACUUAAAUUAAAGCCUCUUUUCUUGACCAUUUGAAACCUAUAGUUUUUAUGUUAUCAGAGUUAUUUAUUUCAUUCUUUUUUCCAAGAAACUGGGAAAGAAAAGCAAGGUGCUACAUAGCGCCUGAAACCUGGGUUGUGGGGCGCUGAAACACAAUUCCUUGUCGCAUUUGUGCCGCGUUGCCCGACAGAUCUCCUGGCUCGUGCGGCACUAAAGGAGGCGCAUCUCGGGCUGCUCCUGGCAGUGGCAGGGGACAGCGGGAGGCUCGGGGCCACAUAUGCGGAGCUGUUCGUUGUGCUGCUCCAACUUCUUAAACAACUUCGGCACUUCGGCGGCGGUGUGGCUGCAAAACCACCCGCGACCCCCUCGCUUCCCGAGGCAGCGGCAGGAGUGAUCCCGCUGCCACCACCUUCUCCUCCUCCUAUUCUCCCUCCCUCUGUCGGGCAAAGCCUCCCUUUCUUCCCCUUCCCUAAAGGGGCAGCUUCACUGAGGUGAGGUUUCGCUUCCCCACCCAGCCAUGUAGAGGGAUGGGGAGAGGGGAAGCUUCGCCUAACAGAGGGAGGGAGAAUAGGAGGAAGAGAAGGCGGUGGCAUCAAGAUCACUCCUGCUGCUGCCCUGUGGAGUGAGAGGGUUGUUUGGGUCUGCAGGGUUGUUUGGAGCUACAAGCAGCUCUGCAUUUGCAGCACCGAUGGGGCUACGGGCAACAGCCCCAAGCAGUGCCUCGGCAGCAUCCACAGCGGCACAGGGUCUGGCAGGGGGAUUUCUGCAGCCUCGCCGCCCUUCGCCCUCACCCACCCUCCCCUUACAGACCAGGCAGGCAGGAAGCCAGCUGAGACGCGGGUCUCUUUGAAGUUCAGCUUCAGCGAUCUCUUUAACGUGGGGCUGGCAGGGAGCAGUUCCGCCGCUGCCACCCUCAGCUCCAGCAGUGCCAAUUUGAAUUGAAAUCUUAGGCGCAGUGUACUGCAACAAGAGCUCAGAAAAUGCUUGCAAUAGUAAAACUCCCUAUCGCAGAAUGCGCCCGUUACUAUCGGAGUUUCAUACAUAUUUUAAAUAGAAAUUCUGUUAAAGUACUUAUUAUGCACAUGCACUUCAGACAUUCCAGCUUCAUGAAUAAACCUCCAGCCAGAUCUUUAGACCUAAAAUCCCAAAGGACUCCAUCCGUAUCCUUCUUAGCAGAUCGGCAGUCUUGCAUUUUCCAGCCUAAGCAAGCCGCUGAGAACUGCUUCCAGGUAAGGCUGCCUAGGAGUGCAACACACUUAGUUCAGCUAUAUGCUAUCUCUUUCUUGGGAGGAUUAUUAUUUACUUAAAGCCUUUUGUUCAGUCUACAUGUAGUGUAAAGGUAAAGUGACCCCUGACCAUUAGGUCCAGUCGUGACCGACUCUGGGGUUGCAGCGCUCAUCUCGCUUUAUUGGCCGAGGGAGCCGGCGUACAGCUUCCAGGUCAUGUGGCCAGCAUGACUAAGCUGCUUCUGGCGAACCAGAGCAGCGCACGGAAACGCCGUUUACCUUCCCACUGGAGCGGUACCUAUUUAGCUACUUGCACUUUUGACGUGCUUUUGAACUGCUAGGUUGGCAGGAGCAGGGACCGAGCAAUGGGAGCUCACCCCGUCACGGGGGUUCGAACCACCAACCUUCUGAUCGGCAUGUCCUAGGCUCUGUGGUUUAACCCACAAUGCCACCCGCCUCCCGCCUCAUGUAGUGUAGGUAGUCUGUAUUACGCUCUUGCUCCAUACCUUCUGCACUCGAGAAAUACCCUUGUCCCCCUCCAACUGUCCUCCCUCUUCUCUCCCUUUCAUUAACAAUACAUGGAACAUGCAGUAGGACAUAUCUGCUCAAGAAGAUUUCUCAUUGUCUCUCCACUCCCAUUGAUAGAAGGAAGUUUAGAAGCACAGAUGCAGCGAUGCAGAGAACCUCCAAUCCCAUAGUGUACAUGAAAGAAUAUGACCCACGGACGUGGACACACAGCUAAUUCCAUCUGAUACAAUUUCCAGCUUUCUGCAAGGUAAAAGCAAUAGCCUUGUAUCCGCUCCAUAUCUACCAAUUUGGAUCAAAUGAAACAACCUUGCAAAGAAUAGUAAGCUGAUACCUAGGUAUAGAUUGACCGCUCUCAUUCAGUCAUCCUCUUUAAACUUUUGAGUGAGGAGGGACUCAAACUCAUUUUCAAAAGCUUCCGAUUUUCAAUUUUUUAAAGUGUUGAUUAAAAAAAAAAAUUCCUUUACAGCAUAUACAUGCAUAUACAUAGUUCCACAUACUCAAAUAGGAUUUGUUUUUGUAUACUAAACAGCAGCCCCCAUGUCACAUGAAUAGUUUUUGAAAGCAAUGAAAACUUUCAGAAGAAGUUUGUGGAAAGGAGAUUUGCUGGUCACGAAGAAAAAAAUUCAAAAUGGAUGUGCCUAAAAUAGCUCUUUAGAUCCUGUAGUGAAACUUGAGCAAUCAUUUGCAGCUUCUGUUGUGCUGAAUAUUUUAACAAUGUGCCAGUGAUUAACCAUCAAAAUAGACUCUUUUGUUGGAUUCAUCAGUAAAACUGUUUAGCGUUUGUUUUUUACUCAGCAUGCUUAAAAAACCCCCACACUUUUCAAUGCCCAUUCAAAAUGAUUGGACAGUAACAUUAAAUAUCCUUGUAGGAAGCUCUUGGCUGACACAUAAAUUACAAAUGACUUGCCAGAAACUGAAUGCUAGUUUAUAAUAAGCCCUGGCAUGAUGCACGUUAGCAUCCAAAAGCUGCCUCGGAUAAGGGCAUCUGAUGCCACAACUGGAUUUAUUAGUUUUUUAACAGGCAUCUUCAUACAUGAUGAAUUACCAGUUGCUUUUGCGUUCUUAAGUAGAAGUUUGGUAUACAAGUUGCAACUUCCAGUAGCAUAUAAAUGCAUUCCAUAAAUAAAUGAAUAUACCUGAGCUAUCCUCAAAUCUUAUUCAAGAAAUCAUUUUUAUUAAUACCAUUGUGUGACAAACUUUAAAUAACCAAUUGUUAAAAGUUGAUACCUUCAGAAUGACUGAUAUUCUUGCAGAAAUUAACAGAUUCAAAAUCUUUUCUACCUCCAGUACCUCCAGUUUCCUUUUAAUGCAUUAUAGCUUCUGGUUCACUGGCACUUACUUCUGUUCUACUCUCAAUGACUUUACACCUCCACCUUCACAUUAUUAUUACAGUGGUGCCCCGCAAGACGAAUGCAUCGCAAGACGAAAAACUCGCUAGACGAAAGGGUUUUGCGUUUUUUGAGUCGUUCCGCAAGACGAAUUUCCCUAUGGCUUGCCGCAAGACUUCUUGCGAGUUUGUUUCCUUUUUCUUAAAGCCGCUAAGCCGUUAAUAGCCGCAAAGCCGCUAAUAGCCGUGCUUCGCAAGACGAAAAAACUGCAAGACGAAGAGACUCGCGGAACGGAUUAAUUUCGUCUUGCGAGGCACCACUGUAUUAUUAUUAGGCACUGCUACCAUAUGCAUUUUAACAUGCAGCUUCAGUUUCAGAUAUUCUCCCAACCCAAAGAAUAUUUCAUAAAGUAUGCCCUGGGCAUACCACUUUAAAAUAAUGCAUUGAAAUAAAUACUCGUAUCCUCCUGAUUGUACAGUAAAAUGGUAUGCAGUGUUGUGCAUGUUUUCUCAGGUGCAAGUUCCACCGCAUUCGGUCUAUAAAAGAGAAGGUUAAAUGAUACAUUUUAAAAGAUAGAAGGUAAAUGAUAGAGGUAUAGCAAAUCAUUGCCAGCUUCUUAGAAUGGUUUUCUCCCUUGCAGUGUUUUUUCCUGCAUGUUCAUGUGCCUGUCACCUAGAAAAUCAAUAAUGUGAGGCAAAUAAUAAUAAAUAAUGUAGUUGCUUUGUUUUUACAAUUAAUUUAGUUUCAGUGUUCGUCUUUUUCAUCAUUUAUCAGGAAUAUAUGGUUGAUCAAUAUUUCCCCACUUGAUCAACUUUUUAUUUAUAUUUUAAAAUUUGCUACUUCUCCUUGGUGCCCUCCUCGCCACCCAUUACCUUACCCCUUGUACAGGAAGUUAAAUAUUUGAGCUAUGUAAAAUGAUAAUAACAGGCAAAGCUAAAAUACAUUAAAGCCAGUGACUUAAGUAUUGCUAUGUUCCCUUUAUCAACAUCAGCAGGCAUUCAAAAUUUCAAUUUAAAAAAACCGUAUGGAUCAAUUAAAUUUGAAUGUCAGUCAGAACUUGAGCAUAAGUACAAAACUCAUCAACCUUGUAUCUAAUACUGAUAUUGUGUACAUCCUGUCACCUUUCUCACAUCUAGAUAGAACUCACUUUGCAUAGCAGGCCUUUCCUGACGCCGCUCAUUCAUAUUUAAAUGUGUUCCAAAAUAUCCAUAUUUUAUGUUCUUUUAUGCAAUGAAGCCUUCAUAGUUCACAAAAAAUCUACUUGCUGUUUUUUUAGUACAAAAGUCAUCAUCACUAUUCUCUGUUCUUAUAUUAUCCAUCAUAGCUUCUUCCUGGCUCUCCAAAUCUAUGUGUAAAAUAAUUGUGUGUUUUAUCUGGCCAAACCUAAGAGGGUGGAGGGUGACCUUGUUCGUUUUGGCUUAUUUUUAAAGCUCUCUUAGCUCUCUUAAACUAUAUUAUCCAUUCUUCGAUUGUCUUCACUUCACUUGUUUGCAGCUGCUCCAUUUUUGGUUUGUCCUUCAGAGCCCAGAUAUCUUAGGAAGAAUGCAAUAACACGGGCAAGCAUUUUGUAUCAAGGCUCAGAUUGCCUUGAAAAAUUCUAUAAAAAUUACCCGGUUCUUUAGGCUUAACCCAAUGUAUACAUACAGCUAUUGAGGCAGGACAGAUUCUCUCUUUCUCUUUCUCCCUUCCCCCCUGCUCAAUAAUUGGGCUUCCCUUAAGACGCCAGUGCCUCCCCAUUUUGUUAGUGAAAAUCCCAUUUAUAACACAGUUUGGAACAGUCAGAAUACUGAAGCAAAAGGUAACCUACUGAUAAGAUUAGCCUUUGUAUGUCAUACCUAGCAUAGCGGUAACUAUCAAAAAGAGUAAAAAAAAGUAAUUAGUUGGUUUGGGAUGAAUGGUGCCAUGGCAUAAAAACAGCAACAACCAUAGAUGAGUGUCAACCCAGAAUUGCUGACGAGGAAAAUAAAACAUUAUAAUAAAUUGUUGUACAUUUUCCAAGUUUAGUGUGAGUCACCUUUUUGUAUUUCUGAAGUAUUGUUGGUGGUUCUUUCUCUUUUCAUUUUACCAAUAAGACAUGAAAUUAAAAUUGGUUCACAAAAUCUUCCAUUGUAAAGAUUUGGGACGUGUGCCUGGAAAGAAAAGUUACAGCUGCUUACAUUUUAUUUCAAGACCAGGCCACAGUUCAGUUUCAAUUAAGUGUAAAAGCUAGUGCAAAGCUACUGUAGUCCUCCAGCUGCAGAUGCCGAAUGUUUAGAUACAUUGCAGGAAAAACAAUCAGGAACUAGGAAAAUCUGCGUAAUCUUUGCACUUACUUUGUUGCUUUUGUGGGCAGAAUGUGCACAGAUAUGAAUUGCCCGGAACCUCAGAAUUCUGGUUUUAGUAGGUUGUAAAAAGUAAAGGUAAAGGACCCCUGACCGCUAAGUCCAGUCGCAAACAGCUCUGGGGUUGCGGCGCUCAUCUCGCUUUACUGGCCGAGGGAGCCGACGUUCAUCCGCAGACAGUUCUUCCGGGCCAUGUGGCCAGCAUGACUAAGCCGCUUCUGGCAAAACCAGAGCAGCGCACGGAAACGCUGUUUACCUUUCCGCCAGAGCGGUACCUAUUUAUCUACUUGCACUUUGAUGUGCUUUCAAACUGCUAGGUUGGCAGGAGCUGGGGCCGAACAAUGGGAGCUCAAGGGGAUUCUAACCGCCAACCUUCUGAUUGGCAAGCCCAAGGCUCAGUGGUUUACACCACAGCGCCACCCACGUCCCUGGUCUUAGUAGGUUGUAGAGCAGACUAAACCUGUUAAACUGGCAUAAUUGUGUUAGGGAAAAUGUGUGGCAGCUAUCAGUGGAUAGUUCAAAGCAUUUGAGUCAUGUCAUCUCACUAACUUUCUUUAAAUAGUGUGCGUAUGUGUGUAUAAUAUGUAAAACGUUUGUGUUUAUAGGGAUAGGUAGGUAGAAAGUGUGUGUGUGUACAUUCACUCUCUAUGGGAACUAGUAGGGACUAUCCUAUUUGCUCUGGGGACAUCAGCUUAAUUCAUGGAGCAGCCUAGGUUCACACGGUAUUCCAUGAUAGGCCUGGAAUAAUUGGAUUGAAGUUACUUUCUGGCAGUCAGUGCGUAACACCAAAUAUUUUUUUCUGUGUUUGCUUAGCCUCAUCUUUCGUUUGUGUUUUUUAAAAAAACUAAACAAAAAACUAAACCAAUUUCUUUUCUUCAACUUCAGUAAGGAAACAUAUCGAUAAUAAACAUAAGCAUUUGUAGCACAGUCUUAUUGGUGCUAUUAGAACCUAUAAACAGAACAUGUGUUAUUUUACAACUUGUGAUUCUAUGAGAAAUCAAUAUGCAAGCUAAUUGUGCUCAUGCUGGUCGUAGAUUAACUAGAUCUUAUUUUACUUUAUGGUUUUAAAUGUUUUCUAGGCCGUUGUUUGAUAGCUUUUCACCUUUCCCUCCCACUCGCACCUUUAGGAACUGAUACCCCUCAUACUGUGUACAGCUUGCCUCCAUCCUGAACCCAAAGAGAGAGAUCAGCUCCUACACAUAUUGUUCAACUUGAUCAAAAGGCCAGAUGAUGAGCAAAGGUGUGUCUUUGAUGUGUGGGAAACACUUUUCUUUUUUGAAAUUUGAAGGCUAUUAACUACUUUUCUUGUUGCAGGCUUUUAGUAAAAUAGGAACAUAGUAUCUCUGGGCAGCCGCCCAGAAUGGUUGGGGAAACCCAGCCAGAUGGGCGAGGUAUAAAUAAAUUAUUAUUAUUAUUAUUAUUAUUAUUAUUAUUAUUAUUAAAUUUUAUUUAUAUCCCGCCCUCCCCAGCCGAAGCCGGGCUCAGGGCGGCUAACAACAAUAAAAUAAUACAACAUUCUAAAAUCAUUUCAUUAAAAUUAAUUCAACUCAAAUUGAUGGCAACCAUUAGGCUAAAGUUCUGUGAAGAUUGCCAUUUAUUAUUAUUAUUAUUAUUAUUAUUAUUAUUAUUAUUUAUUACAGUGGUACCUCAGGUUAAGAACUUAAUUCGUUCUGGAGGUCCGUUCUUAACCUGAAACUGUUCUUAACCUGAAGCACCACUUUAGCUAAUGGGGCCUCCCGCUGCCACGCGAUUUCUGUUCUCAUCCUGAAGCAAAGUUCUUAACCUGAGGUACUAUUUCUGGGUUAGCGGAGUCUGUCACCUGAAGCGUCUGUAACCUGAAGCAUAUGUAACCCGAGGUACCACUGUAUUAUUAUUAUUAGCAGUCAGCAGUCAUUCACUUAUACAUUGCCUGUUCUGUUACAACAGAGGUGGGGAGCCUUUCUAAACUAGAGGAGCAAUGGAUGUAUGGUAGGCUACCUUCUAGCCUUCAAAAGUCAGGUUUCUGAACACACCUCUUUACGUGCAGCAAAGCAUCGAAGUACACAUUCUAGCCAGGCAUAAACACUUGAGGAAGGUUCAGAGCAAAAGCGUGGCUUAGGGAAAUUCCCACGGGUGGAAUAGAGAUUUUGCCUCUAGGCCAGAGUGACAACGUACCGUAGUUUUCGCUUCAUUACACGCAUUUUUUUCCUCCUAGAAAGUAAGGGGAAAUGUCUGUGCGUGUUACGGAGCGAAUGCUUCCUUCCUCCGUGGUUUCCAGCGGGAGAAGAGCCGCUGAAUGGGGAGGAGAGAGGGACAGAGUGCCUGCUUCUUUAAAGGAGCAAAGCGGGAGGGGAGAGGAGCCACUUACACGAGUGUAAGCAGCUCCUGUCUGGUUGGCUCCUUUAAAGCAACCAGGCUCUCUGUAUCUCUCUCGUCCCCACUCAGCGGCUCUUCUCCCGCUUUGCUGGAAAUAGCAGGAAAGAUUUUCAGCUCGCUAAGGGCGGGGGGGGGGAGGGAGAGAAGCAGAACCUGCUUGCUUUAAAGGAGCCUACCGGACAGGAGCCGCUUACACGAGUAAAAAGCAAGCAGGCUCUCUGUCCCUCCAGCAAAGUUUUUCAGCUCGCUAAGGGGGGGGGGGAGGGAGAGAAGCAGAGCUUGCUCCACGCGUGCUCCUUGUCCCUUGAGUGCUUUUCCUUCCCUCCCCACUUAAAACGUGGUUACAAAGCACAGAUCCACAUGGAUCCUCAGGAUUUUUGCACUGGGUCACCCCAAAUUCACCAUCAGAUCACAUAGCAUGUCCAUGGCUACAGUUUGCACACACAAAAAUCACGCACCCACUGUUGCCUGGGGCCGCAGUGGUGCAAAAACGUGGUUUACAAACAUGGAUCCAUAUGGAUCCUCAGGAUUUUUGCAUUGGGCUACCCCAAACUCCCCAUCAGAUCACAUGUCUGUGGCCACAGCAUGAACUACAAAAAUCAUACAUCCACUGUUUCGUGUAGAAUAUUUUUUUUCUUGUUUUCCUCCUCUAAAAACUACAUGCGUGUUAUGGUCGGGUGCGUGUUAUCGAGUGAAAAAUACGGUAAUAUUCCUCGUGAAAUCUGUACAGUCCAACAGAUAGAAGUUGCUUGCAUGCAGGCUGUUAAAAAAUAGAACCUUAGGCAGGAUGGGAAGCGCAGGCAAGGAUAACAUUUUCAUUUUCAAAGAUUUCAGUCACCAUUGAGGCUCAGAAAAGUGCCUCCUCUCCUCAAUAUUUUUGCCCUUCAGUGAUUUAGUGUCUUAGACUGAAUAAAGGGUUUGAGGUUGUUCAGCCACGUGAGCCCCCAACUGUAGUCUGAAUUGGUACAGACCAGGCCUGGUUAAGAACUAAGCCUGAUUCUCUUGCCAUUUAAGGCUGUGACGGGGAUGGCAGAAGGAACCCUGCAGGCUGACAUCUGAUUCUCGCUCUUUCCCCCCUCUCUCCUAGUGGCAUACAAGUCUGUUCAGGCCUGGUACAGUUCUGACUCCUUGAUAAAUCCAUUCCUGUGAAGAUUUUAAAGGAAAAAAUACUUAGAACCUGCACAGAUUUUCAAUUUGCAAAAGUCGUUUUAAAAGCACUUUAAAAUACUUUUUAAGAGACAUACAAAGCUGCCUCCCAUGUUUUUUUCAUACAAUUUCCCUGAGAGUGACAGGACGUCAAUCUGUACCUGCCUCUCACAGGAGGAGCUGAAUACUGUAUAUGCCACAAUGUGCUGUACAAAGAAGAGAGCCAGCCCUCUGACACCUCAUAAGUAGGAGUAGAAUCUAGGGGAGUCCAGGUUCCAGGGAAGACCCGUGUUCAAAUCUGGACUUCAGUCUGGGAAGUGUGGAUCAGGUGAACUCAAUUCAAAAUUCUCAUUCACCUCUCCCAUGCCUGCUCCUUCCUAACUGAUUAUUGAAAACAAGCUGACAGUACAUGUCCAUAUAUACAGAUUUGACGGUCUUGUGACCCCAGGGGUGUCUUUUUAGGGCCUCAGGGGGGGUGCACUGUGAACAACAGGAAAGCCCCAUUGCGUGAAUGGCCUUUGACUUGCACAGAGUUUGGAAACAACUCUGCAAGUUGAAAUUGGAGCCUGGGUUCAGAAGUGCAUUAAGAACUUCAUACUCAAGUCUGGAAACAGCAGGCUGGGUCUCAUGAGAUUGUAAUAAUUAACUGAGGAAUGGUCAAAGUGAAAACUCUGAGCAGUUUUCUUGGCUUUGCUGUAUAGAGCCAUCUGUAAACUCUUCAGUCAGAACUUAAUCUUUAAAGCAGUAUGACACAAUAAUAAAUUAGAGGACUAGUAUCCUCCUGUGCCUGACAGGGCAAUCUUGUGCACUGGAAGCUGGUGUUAAGCAAGGAUAAAAUAAGCCUUAGCCAUACUCCUUUGUGCUGAGCCUUUAAAUAAGAGUUUGAGUUACAACCCCCAUUUAACUGGCAUAAAUUCCGUCCGGUUUUGAGGUUAUAUGAUCAUGCUGAGUGCAUUUAGGAUGCAGCCUAAGUCCCCAUCCCUUGUUUCCCACUCCAGAACAGCCCUUUUUCAGGACAUAAACCAGUUUAAGAUACACCAGGCUCCUGGCUGAACCAGGAUGGGGCAGAUACUCCAGCCUAUCUCCUGCUAAGACAAGGAUGAGGAAUUACACUGGCAUAGCCCAACUGUACCGGGAACCUCGUGGCUUAGCCAGAGAUUCUAAACUCCGCUAGUCCUGAUGGAUUGCUCUAUAGGAUUGCUCCCUAAUAAUUAAUUCUUUUUUUAAAAAAAGUUAAACUGUUAUCAAAAUAUAAAUAAGCAAUUUAAAAACAAUCAUGUGUAAUAAAAUUACCUACCUAGGUAGGCUUGGGGAAACGCAGGUUUUUAGCAGCUGCUGAAAACAGUAAAGUGAAGACACCUGCCUAAUAUUAAUGGGAUGGUAGUUAGGUUCUGUAUUUUGUGGAUUCUUUUUAAAUUUAAUUAUAGGAAAGUAGCAGGUAUAGCUGUAUCUGCUAGAAGGAAGCAGAAGAUUAGCUAUACUCUGCAUUGAAAGUUUCUUUGUCUUUGUAGCAACAAUUCCAGAUAUUGAACAUGUUCAUUAAAUCAUUUAGGCUUCUCAAGGACUGAUUUUUUCCCCCCUAGAGAUUUUAUAACAGUCAGUUUGUGUACUUUUUAAGGCUUCUGCCUCUCUACAAAAGCAAUACAGUGGUACCUCGGGUUACAUACACUUCAGGUUGCAUACGCUUCAGGUUACAGACUCCGCUAACCCAGAAAUAGUGCUUCAGGUUAAGAACUUUGCUUCAGGAUGAGAACAGAAUUUGUGCUCCGGCGGCACAGCGGCAGCAGGAGGUCCCAUUAGCUAAAGUGGUGCUUCAGGUUAAGUACAGUUUCAGGUUAAGAACGGACCUCUGGAACGAAUUAAGUACUUAACCCAAGGUACCACUGUAUUUAGCUUCUCUUAGUUUGCUUGAUCUGUAUAAUCUACAUUCACCUUUGUUGACUAGUUUUAUAAUUGAGGGCCACUUCUUACAAGACAUUUUUCCUCCUCUACAUGGUCACUUACCAAGUGUUGUGUGAAUAUUGCUGCUAGAAUUCUAACCAGGAAGCGCUUGUGUCCAAUGACUGCCCGAUAGUGAUGUUUAAGCACAACCAUGUACAAAACGCAGUGCAAGUGAACACUUCUCGCUUCAUGGAAAUUAUUUUCAUACUUGGAAAAUGUCGUGUUUAAUGAACCAUCAGUGACGUGAUUGUCAGUAACUAAUUGCUCGCAGCGCACGCCAGAUGCCAUUUUCUAUGCAGACCAUUCAGUCUGUUAUAUCUCCUUUUAGGCAUAUGUGUGGUUGUUGUACAAGCAUGUUUCAAUGUAAUAGGCUGAAGAUUUUUAUUUUAUAGGCAAAUGAUUCUGACUGGAUGUGUAGCAUUUGCUCGGCAUGUUGGACCAACACGUGUAGAAGCAGAACUUUUACCACAAUGUUGGGAGCAGGUAAUAGGAGAUAAUCUUUAUUUACUUCAUGGGAUACCGGGGCCCAAAAAAAAUUUCUGCAGUUUACCAGCAACUGUGGUCUUGUCAACAGUGGUUUACAAUAUAUUAAAUAGCAUAUACUUCUAAGAAUUGUAAUUGUAAAGGAAAGCAAAAGCCAAGAGCAAUCUGGGUGGGCAAUCCAUGAGCAUCUCACCUAUAGGUUAGGAAGAUCUGAGGUUGAAGGUGCCAGUUCAAGUAAACAGAAGAAGAAACUGUUCUUAAGUCAUGUAUUGUGCUAACCCAUGAAAUUCUCCUAAGGGUUAGCAGUGGUCAAGUGACAAAGCUUUAUUAAUAGGAGUUUAUUAUUUAUUUUUUGCAUGCAUAUAGCACCUUUCUGCCAGUUGUAAAGCCAAAAUGGUUUAUAGUAUUAAAAUCCUAAACAAAUAAAUGGUAUAAAAUAUAGAUCAAUUCUGUUCUUUCCAUGCUGACUACAGGCAACCCUCAGUUUGCAUAGGGGUAGCGUUAUGGGUCAUUGUGUGCAUCCGUGAAAUUGCACAUAAUUGAAAAAACCUGCCCCCAUUCUACCCCUGCUUUGCUAUGCCCCCGCUCUCCUCUUUUAGUGACGUCUUUUAUGACGUUUCUGUGUCACUUCCAGGUUUGGCGCAAUGUGCAUAUAAACAGUUGCAUACAUAUCAAACAUGUGUAAAUGGGGAUUUGCCUGUACUGACGUAAGCUGCUAGCCCGGGGCUUCCUUCUGUCUUAGCUCAGGACCUGCAGGGUGCUGAAUAGUCUCUGGGAAAGUGGAGUUAGACUGACCCCAACAGUUUGGCCAGACCAUUGAUGCGCCUCUCAGGAGCUGAUAAAAUCUGCUGCCUGGCCUAGACUUCUUCCCUUUAUGGGGAUGUUAUGAAAGUGUCUAAUGUCUUCACCAGACCUCAGCAGCAAAGCUAUGUUUCCUUUCUGGAAACAUAAGAAUUCCAGGUUCAAGGCAUACUGUGCAUCCUGACUAUGGUUUGUGAAUGGAAGCCUGUGGUGGCAUAGUAAAUAGCAGCAGCCUCAUAUCCUUUACAUGCUGGCUUUUGAAACCGAGAAAUACAGGACGGAAUUAUAAGCAAAAAAAUGAAAGGAGUGACUUUUCCUUCCUACAGAUCAAUCACAAAUAUCCAGAAAGACGGCUGUUAGUGGCAGAGUCCUGUGGAGCAUUAGCACCUUAUCUUCCUGUAAGUGUUCUGUUUGCAGUUAAUAUGUAUCUAAAUUUAAGACUCAUUGAAGAGGUUAAAACAAUGGCCAGAUUCUGAAGAGCCACUUAGUACAGUCCCCCUCUUCCUGGUUUUUACUGGCCCACCAUGUUUUUGUUUUGGAGCAGCAGAACACCAUGUCAUACCACCAACUGCUUUUGAAGCUCCUAUUCAAAAAUUGUUUAGCCGUAGGGCAUCCUAGACUGCUACUCUGGAACAAGAAGUCUAAAGACCUAAGGAAAGGAAUCCAUCCAGUCAUUUUGGAUCCUGGCCAACUACUUCAGUUGUAGCAAUUGGUAAUGUUCACAUAGAACAAAGCAAUGUGGCCUUUUGGGAAACAAUAUGUGCAGAACUAAUCCCAACCAAUGUGCCCCCCCCCCAAUGCAUUCUAAAUGCAUAUAUUGGAUUUCUUGCAGGUUUAGGCCUAAAAUGGCUUAUUCUACCAGAUUAUUUUGCCAUCAAGAUUAGCUGCCAUCACUCUGUUUAUAAUAAACUGUAAAAGAUAGCAUAGAUGUAUAUGAUAUUAUUGGUCUUACGUUUCCAGGUUUAUGUAAUGUAAUUCCAGCAAAUACUAAUUUUCUCUUUCAGAAAGAGAUUCGAAGUUCGUUGGUACUUUCCAUGUUACAGCAGAUGUUGAUGGAAGAUAAGACAGAUUUGGUGCGAGAAGCUGUGAUCAAAAGCCUUGGUAUCAUCAUGGGGUACAUUGAUGAUCCGGACAAAUACCAACAGGUAUUGUAUCUGAUAAUAAUACAUGACAGGACAGUUGCUAGAUCAUGUGAUUAUGAACAAAGUCUGAAAAAUCACCAGGAAGUAUUUACCAAACUAAUCCCCCCAAAAUACCCUGGGCUAUUUUUAACAUCAUCAGCAUUUUGAGAUGUGAUCUAACUUUUGGGCUCUGAAAAUAUCUUGUCGUGUGUUAGCAAAAAAAAGAGCAAGCUGGCAGAAGAGAGAGGGAACAUUCUGUAAAAUCACUGAAGAAUUUUCAUUAUUUUGACUGUGAACUGGUGUUCAAAGAUCUGUGAUUUUUUAGUUGUAAUACCUAUGGGUACCUUGGCUGCUUAGGCAAGUAUUGAAUGACUUAUCCAGUUGUAUAGUUCACCUAACUUUUCUGCAUGCUCAUUUAACUUUAACAAAUUUAGCCCCCUGACACUAAUGGCGUUGCUAUGGUGUUGCGGCAUCUAUUCCAAAUAGUUGUGGAACUUUUUGAAUUAACUUGAACCACUGUAAGCGCCUUUUCAUCAAAUUCAAGAUAGACACUUGCUUAUCUUGAGGGUGCCUGGAAUGCUUAAGCAAAGUAAACAUAACUCUCCUAAAUGGUCUGUUUCUUUCUUACCAGGGUUUUGAACUACUACUUUCAGCGUUGGGUGAUCCCUCAGAACGAGUAGUUGGUGCAACUCAUCAAGUGUUUUUACCUGCCUAUGCUGCCUGGACCACAGAACUAGGAAAUUUGCAGUCUCAUCUUAUACCUACAUUGCUUAGUAAAAUUGAAAAACUACUCAGGGUAAAUAUUAAAGGUGUCUCAUACUCACUGUUUUUUGUGCCUCUUGAAUAAGCAAAGAUACAGCUCAUAUAAAUAUUUUAAUCUCCCCCCGCCCCCCACUUAUUAGAAUCGGUAACAUUCAACACCAUCACAACUGGUUGUUUGGACUAUUCUGCAGAUCACUUUUUUAUAAUGUUCAUGUUGCCAUGUCAUUUAAAGGGCAUUUUAUCUACAGUGUUAACUUGCUGCUGCUGCUGCUGCUGCUACUAUGUAUGUCUAGAGUUUGAUCAUCUGGUUACUUGCUGAUGACUGUCUUUUGCUGUAUGUUUUGCUAUCUAUCAAGAAAUGCUGGAAUUCUUAAACUUUUGAAAGUGUUUUUCCCUCUGCUGUCUUGGUAUUCGUAUGAAGAGUCUGAAUACGUUGCACGUUUCUAGGACAUUUUUUCAGAUUUUCACAUUGGAAGUUCAUUCUUCUCUCUCUCUGACUCAUGCCAGUUGCUGUGAGAUUAGGAGUCUGUAGUAGAACUGGGAUGCUGUAUGAGAAAUGACAGUAGGCACAAUCCAAAGUUAAGCACUUUAAAGUCCAACUGAGUCAGGGGUGCUGACUUGAAUUAAAAAGUGAGGUGGGUCAGGUAAGCCCCACCCCACAUAAUCACAUGAUGUGGUGCAUGCACACCGUUUGAUUGGCAAUGCCCUUCAACUGGGGGGGGGGGUUCGGCCCCCUCAAAUAUUUUAUGGGGGGCAAAGCCCCCACAACCCCUAGGAGUUGGCUCCUAUGGACUGAGUUAAGUACAUACUGGAAUCAUUCUUACCGGGAUCAUUGAGAUUUGAGGUGGUUAACGUUGUCUUGAAUUGUGCCCACAGUGUUUUGCUUCAUUUAGUUUGUCAUGGUUUGAACUGAAGGCACAUUGGUGCGGCAACCUUGCUGAAUCUAAACUUCUCUGGGUCUCUAGAGUCAAACCGGGAGAUCACGUGAGACCUUUUGUUCCACCUUGCAAGAAAGACGAUUAUAAGUGUCAUGAAUGCAUCGGGUCGAUAGUUGGGUUUCUGGAGAAAAACCUGAUACAAAACCCCUUUGCCUUUAUCUGUCGUCCCCUUUCUAGUCUCUCUCUGAUAGAUUCUCGUUAAUGGCUUUUUAAUUAUUCAGAAGCUCAUUUUGAAUGGAUAAGCACCUUGAGAACAAAGGAGCAAGAUUUUCACUUGGAUUCCCUGUUUGCAUUUCAGGAAGGCGAGCAUGGACUUGAUGAACACAAGCUGCACAUGUAUCUUUCUGCUUUGCAGUCCUUGAUUCCUUCGCUUUUUGCACUAGUGCUACAGAACGCACCUUUUACAAGCAAAGCUAAGCUUCAGGGUGAAAUUCCACAGAUUGAAGGUAACUUCUUGAUCAUUCUCUGUGAGGGUUUAUUUUGAAAUAGGGUCACAUUUAUUUUCAUUUCACAUCAACUUUAAAAUAAUAUUCCAUAGAAAUGCUGUGCAGGUGAAUGCAGUGCAGCAAGCUUGCUCUCCAUGUAGCUUGAAGACUUCUGGUUCAAGAAGUUGUUGAAAUGUGAACUCUUUUUUUUCACUACUACAAAAGAAAACUUAUAAUUCUACAUGUAGGAAGCAUUGUUGACACUUUAGAUGAGUAGUAUCUAUAGGGAGAUUGGUUUAUUCCUAUCAAUUUCUGAUGUAUUCAUUGCCAGCUGCAAAACCCAUGUAAAGGCCCAGUACUUCUCCUGGUGAAGUAAAGGGCAGAAUCAGACCCCUUGAUUUGGCAGGUGGUGGUCAUAAUGCCUUCUCCUUAUAUAUCCCCUGACUUGAGGCUCAUAGCUGUUUUGCAUACAUUAUAGGUAAUCUCGAGCCCCAAGCAAAACACCUGCACGCCCUGAAACAAAAUAUAGACAAUUUUCCCAACAGGUAAAAUGAUAAGACUAACUCAUGGGAACAAAAUGAAAAGGGUGCCAAUGGGGGAAGGGCUGCCGAAGGGUGCUAUGGAACCCAUGGGUGUCAUGUUCUGGAUCCCAGUUCUAGAAUUCUAGUUUAUUAGAGAAUGAUCCAACAACUUGUAUACUAGCUAUAGCCUCUAAAAACUCUUCACAGGGAAAUCCAUGUACAGCACAUUACAGUAACCGCAUCUUGAAGGUAAGGAUGCAUAACUUCCUAGGUAUCAAGAGUUGAGCCACAGAAUUAGGAUUUAGAUUGGUUUAGUUCUCGUAGAAUCUCUGGGACUAAAUCCCCAAAUCAUCUUUUACCUUAUGAUUUAAUGGACUAUGGGUAGGUCUUUUCCCUACUUACUUUAUUAGGUGAAAGUGCCUAUAGUUAGGCAUGUCGAUUGCUUCUCAAUUUUCAUUAUGUUAAUGCACAAGGAGUGUAAAACUUUGACCAUGGUGGUUUGUCAUUUGCUGCCAGUGACUAGAUUCCCAAGGCCUGCAUCGCCUCUUCAGGAUGUAGCCACUAUAAUUGGAAGCCGUGAACAAUUGGCUGUGCUAUUACAACUUUAUGAUUACCAGUUGGAACACGAGGGUACCACAGGCUGGGAUACCUUACUGUGGGUUGUCAAUCAACUGUGAGUUCCUUCUGACUUGUUUCACUUGCUAAUUCCUCUGAAUAAUUGUGUGGUGAGGGGGACCCAAUGUUUUUAAUCAGCUUUAGCGUUUUUCUUUAAUGCUACUAUUUUGCAGUUACUGACAGCAUACAUUGUUUUAGAAAUUUUGCUUUAAAUGGUAUAGAUCAAUAAUUAUAGCACCCCCAUUGUUCAGCUGAGACACUGAAGUCCAGCUCUGAUGGCCUUCUUGCGGUUCCUUCAGCGUGAGAAGUGAGGUUACAGGGAACCAGGCAGGGGGCCUUCUCAGUAUAACUAUCUGACUUUUAGAAAACAUCUGAAGGCAGCCCUGUUUAGAAGUUUUUCAUGUUUGAUGUUUUAUCGUGUUUUUAAUAUUCUGUUGGGAGCCACCCAGGUCUGAAUGCUGAAGGAUUCAUGUUUGCACUAUUAAAUGUAUUGUGCCAAAGCUCCCCAAAAUAUUGGACUUGUCAGGAAAAAGGAUCAGCUUGCUUACAGUAUUACAAACCUAUUAUCUGAAAAGUGACUUAUUUUUAACCUGAUUUUCCAGGUUGCCGCAACUUAUAGAAAUAGUUGGCAAAAUCAAUGUAGCCUCAACAGCCUGUGUACAUGAAUUCUCAAGAUUUUUCUGGCGCCUUUGCAGAACAUUUGGGAAAAUCUUCACAAAUACAAAGGUAAACAUAUUCACAUCUGGAUGGGAUAAUGCAGAAUAGAAACAAUUUAUGUGUUUCAUAUCUCUAAUGGAAUGUUAGGAUCAAAAAGUUGCUCACAUGCCAGAUUAAAGGUCUGGAAAGCACUUGACAGGCAUCUAGCUUACCUUUACUAAGCAGGUUUUCCCCCCUGUGUAUAUGCAUGUUUUAGAGCGUGAGGGAGACCUUGCCCACUAAGAACAUCUUAAUAAAUACUCAUCAGCAAUAUAUCCUUCUCAGUUUUUAAACUAAUGGUUUUCUUUUACUUCAUAACUAUUUUUUAGGUAAAACCACAGUUCCAGGAAAUCUUAAGGCUGUCUGAGGAGAAUGUUGGUGAGUCAUGGAGUUACUACUUUUUCUACUGUAGCCUUUAAAAAACAAAAUAUACCCUAUACCAGGCAUAGGCAAACUCAGGCCUCCAGAUGUUUUGAGUCUACAGUUCCCAUCUUCCCUGACCACUGUUCCUGUUAGGUAGGGAUGAUGGGAGUUGUAGUCCCAAAACAUCUGGAGGGCCAGGUUUGCCUGCCCUAGACUGAAUCGAGACUCCAAGUUCUCUACAAAUGAAGUUUGGGAGACAGUUUACAUUGAAGAUGGUUUCUUAUUUCUGGAAGGCAGACUUAUAGACAAUAAAUUGCCUGAGCGUGCAGUGCUAAUGUAACACUUUCCAACUUUUGGUUCUCCCAUACAAACUGGAAAUGCAAAUGUUGCUAAUCCUUAGUAAGCUAUCGAAUCACACUCCUGAACUGACCUAGUUAGUUGCAAACAGUGCUUGGUAAAGACUUUUUUCAGUGUCUUGGGACAGGGGACUUUGUAUAAAGCAAAGUAUAAGUGAAAGGCAUCAUAUUCUGCUUCCGUUCCUCAGCAAUUUCACAAGGCAUGGGAUUUUCUCACAGCUGAUUAUGUACCACGUUAAAGUCAGAAUAGGCAGAGCUAAACCACUUUCUGCUUACUGAGGCUCAUCGAGUGUGCCCAAAGUCUUGAAAGAUUAACAUAUAACAGCCUGAAAAAAAUGCAAAUCUUGUCUUGGAUCCAGACUAAACAGAACUUUCAUGGGAUGCUCCCUGCAGAGCCCUGUAUACCCCCUGAAAAGCUGCUCUGUUGGAUCAUGGAACUCUCUGAAGCAGGGGCCAGCAAACCUUUUCAGCAGGGGGCCAGUCAACUGUCCUUCAGACCUUGUGGGGGGCCGGACUAUUGGGGGGGGAAUGAAUGAAUUCUUAUACCCCACAAAUAACCCAGAGAUGCAUUUUAAAUAAAAGGACACAUUCUACUCAUGUAAAAACUUGCUGAUUCCCAGACCGUCCGCAGGCCGGAUUUAGAAGGCGAUUGGGCCGGAUCCGGCCCCCAGGCCUUAGUUUGCCUACCCAUGCUCUGAAGUAUGGAGAGUGAAACUGGGGGUGGCAAAGGCGGAAUUUGUGAAAACCAACCCCCUUCUUCCCUCAGGAGCCUCUGUUGACUCCCUAUGCCUUGGAUCCCGAACGUACCUUUGAUCCUGAACGCCUUGCGAGUCGGAACGUUUUGGCUCCUGAACGCCACAAACCUAGAAGUGUGUGUUCCGGUUUGCAAACGUUCUUUGGAACCCAAACAUCCAACACGGCUUCCACAGCUUUCUGAUUAGCUGCAGGAGCUUCCUGCAGCCAAUCUGAAGCUGCGCCUUGGUUUCCGAACAUUUUGGAAGUCGAACAGACUUCCGGAACAGAUUCCAUUCAACUUCCAAGGUACCCCUGUACCUUCUUUGAAUGGGCCCAGCCCAUUAAAGCCUUGAAAUAUCAGCCUUUCAACUAAUUAUGUAGUUUGGUUCCACUAUCUGAAAAGUCACUAUGCUGUGCCCUAUCAUUGGUUCAAAACUUGCUUUGUUUGCAGUUAUAACUGUUUCUGUCAUAGAUUUUGUCUCCUUAUUUUUGUAUGGGUUUUGUUUUUUGUUAUCAUGCAUGUCAGCUGUGGUUUGUUUGUUUUUUUAACUUCUCCAUGGGGAAAAUGAAAAAUGCUCUUAACAAUAAUUUUAAAUAGCAGUUGUACAUAUUGAUUUUGCCAGUCCCAAAAUUAUGCAUAUUCAAAGAGUUCAUUUUCUGGAAUUUGUGUAUCAUUCUGCCCUUGGGAUGGGCAGUUGUUGCCACACUGGUUGCAAUUUGUUCCAGUCAAUGACAAAGAGGUUCAAAAUAGCUAGGAAGAUUCGGGGGAGAGGAGGAGAGAAUGGAUGGUGGAGCAGAAGUUCCUAGAUUCAAUUCCUGGUAUCUGUGGAGACACUACAGUGGUACCUCGGGUUACAUACGCUUCAGGUUACAUACGCUUCAGGUUACAGACUCCGCUAACCCAGAAAUAUUACCUCAGGUUAAGAACUUUGCUUCAGGAUGAGAACAGAAAUCGUGCUCUGGCGGCACGGCAGCAGUGGGAGGCCCCAUUAGCUAAAGUGGUGCUUCAGGUUAAGAAUAGUUUCAGGUUAAGAACGGACCUCCGGAACAAAUUAAGUACUUAACCUGAGGUACCACUAUAUUAAGAAGCAGGGAUGGGAGAAAGCUCUGCAUGAGACUGGAAAGCUACUACAGUGGUACCUCGGGUUAAGAACUUAAUUCGUUCUGGAGGUCUGUACUUAACCUGAAACUGUUCUUAUCCUGAAGUACCACUUUAGCUAAUGGGGCCUCCCGUUGCUGCUGCGCCGCCGGAGCACGAUUUCUGUUCUCAUCCUGAAGCAAAGUUCUUAACCCGAGGUAAUAUUUCUGGGUUAGCGGAGUCUGUAACCGGAAGCGUAUGUAGCCCGAGGUACCACUGUACUUGGUUAAAGUAGACCACACUGGGCCACUUGUAGAAAUAGUCUGAACUAGUAUAAGGAAGCUCCCUGUGUAAAUUUAUUGUACUGACUCUUUUCUGAUUUAAGCAAUGGUUUUAUAGAAUAAGAAGUUCUGAGGAAGAUAUUUGUGUCCCUCAGCGUCGAAUACUUGUACACCAAUGGACAUGGGGCCAAGAAAAGGAUCCCUCGUUUUAGUGGGCAUAUUGAAAGAGUAUUAAGCAACUACGAACUUAUUUUAAAUGACCGGCAUACUUAUGCUUCUUAUUCUUUAUUUGUACGGCAUUGUUUCAGAUGCUACAGCAGGAAAUGGAGUGCUAACAAAAGCCACAGUUCCUAUUUAUGCCACAGGUGUACUUACAUGCUAUAUCCAGGUAAGCAGCUUUUGCUUGGUACUGAAUACUACAUGUCUUUGAAACACUCAAGCCUAAGUGAGGAUGGUUACAUUACCAUUAUAAUAAAGCUUCUUUAUAAAUCACAAAUUCAGUCAUAGCAGCAUGUGAACAUUGACUUGGACCCUAAGGUAAAUUAAGGAAAUUCCUAGAAGGAAAGUUUCCCACACCCUUCUUCCACCUGCAGACUUAUGUUGCUCACCCCUAAAAACACCUCCAGAUGAUCAGGGAGUCCUGCUGAACAAUGUGGGAUGAGGUAUGGGAGGCCGCUGGAGAGGACCAAAAGUGGACCUGCCCAGCCAAUCAGUUCAACUGUUCCUGAUACACUUGGCCAUUUUAAUUGAGGGGGCAACAUGGAGGUCAAAACAGGACUAUGUGACAUUACUAUAUUUGUGUGUUUAGAAAUUCCUGCUGGUAGUGAGACUAGUUUGAAAGAUCCCCAUCCCACCCCACUGUGGAAUGCACAUGGUAACAAGAGUUGCAUAAAAAUCUCAGUCAAGAUAUGUGUGGUACUUGACACAGGAGUAAACACAGCAUUCCGUAGCCUGCAAAUAUUUGUACAUGUUGACAGAGAUGAGAGGCAUUUUUACCAUUUUAGUAAUGCCACUGUCUUCAGAGGUUUGUAAGAGUAUAGUGACUCAAGUCAGCACAAAUAUUCCUGUUGACGUAAUCAGAAUUAACGCUUUUUCUCUGAUUGCUGAUCCCUGAAUGAUGGCUUUAGUUAUUCAUUGAGUCUUGGGACAUGCUGACAGCGGGGCAGCCAGUAGCUGAGGAGUAGACAUAGUAUUUUCAGAACAAAGAGUGCAGUUGACAUCUGGGUCCCAAAACUGAAUCUCUCUUAACUGAAUCUCUCUUAGCUUUUCAGCCACUUUAAGAUACAUGUUGUAAAACUAAGAUUAAAAACUUCUAAAAUUUUCUUUCAGGAAGAAGACCGGAAGCUGUUAGUUGGAUUUUUAGAAGAUGUAAUGACCAUGCUUUCAUUAUCCCAUGCGCCUCUUGAUAGCCUGAAAGCAUCUUUUGUGGAACUGGGGUAAAGUAUGUUUUAUAACUGGAAUCACCAUAAAGCGGGAUCAAAAGUUCCUGGAAUUUUUCUCUUAAAACAUUUGCAGCAGAAUGCCUAAUGAUAAUUAUUAUAUAUAAUGAUAAUAUAUUUAUUAUUUAUGCCCCACCCAUCUGGCUGGCUUACAGCAUAUAUAAAAACGUAGUAUCAGGAAAGGAAAAAGAGACCAUCCAAGGGCCAGCAAGUUUAAAAUCCACAUAAAGCAAGCAAUACAAGGUGUCAUGUAUAGUGAUAAGGCAAUCCCAAUAAGGGUGGCACCUACUCACUGCUAAAGAAGUCCAGAUUUUUUAUUCAAUAUUUUCCCCAUAUUCUCUUGCCUCCACUGUGUAAGAGCUUGGAUCUCAUUCUCAUGCACACUCUAUAUAGUUAUCCUAUCACCAGCUUCUAUCUUGGCCAUCACUAUCCAGCAAUCAGCCUUUCUGGAGGUUUCUCUAAAUGUUUGGAACCAUUGUGUGUAGCGUCUGCCAUAGCACAGAAGUCCAUCUUUUCCGUGCUUGUUACAGUUGGUUCAUUAGCCAUUAACACGUUAACGCAGUGACUCACCUUGAAGCCAAAAUGUUACAUAUUGACAAAAUAAUUGCGAAACAAUCAGCAUCCCUUUAAUUUAAAAAAACAACAAAAAAACAACAUUUGAAACAUCUUGGAGAACUGCAGUGUGAGAUGUACAUGCUCCAUAUAUUCUGGAGACUAAUUCUGAAGCCUGUGAUGAAAUUAUUUACAUACUUUCUUCGGUGUGUAACUUAAUGGAAGAAAGGGCCAGUCUCUGCUUACAGCCUCAAUUUAGCUUGUUGCCUAGAGAGACCAAGAGAAGGGAGGGAAAGUUUGAGUGGGAACAAAGUGCUGGUUUAGGUAUAGAUUGAUCGCUAAAAUUAUCCAAUGACUUCACAGAGAAGGUGGGAUUUAAGGGGAGAAGGUGGGAUGGCACAGUGAGUGGAGUCGUUUGAGAGCAAAUGACUAUUUAUAGUUCAAUAGUGAUUGUUUUGUGUCCUCAGUGCAAACCCAGCAUACCAUGAGUUGCUGCUAACUGUAUUGUGGUAUGGAGUUGUCCAUACUUCAGCACUUGUUCGGUGCACAGCUGCUAGAAUGUUUGAGGUAAGUGCUUAUUGAACGCAUCUUAGAUGCUGUUUGAAGGUGCCUUGUAGCAUGAUUUGGCAACUGGUGGCCCAGAGACCCAGACCCUCAAGGAUUUUUAUCCCUCCCCCACCCCCAGCUGCCUGCUGUAGUCACUUUUUCCUUUCUCAAGGGGAGUUGUGGAAAAGAGAAGCAAUAGGCAAUCAGUAAGGGGUUUAGCAUCACACAGUUUUAGUAUGGGACUGCAGUCUGCAUUCUAACUGUGUUUGAAGUGGCACGCAACUCUUGCAUACCGCCUUUUGAUCAGACACCACUGUCUUGCUUAAAAUUGGAUUGCACCCUUGAGAUCUCUCUAAAUAUUCAUAGUAUUCUGGGUACACCCCCCCUCCCAAUUGCCUCCACCUCCAGCCUGCAGGGAAAGGAAAUGAUUGAGGAAAUGAUUGUAUUACCCUGUCGUCAAUGUAAGGUGACCCACAGCCAGAAUUUGUUGAUGCCUGGGGCUUUGUAUUGUCUAAUCUGACCAGAUGCCAAAAAAGUGAAUGUUUUAUUGUUGCAUUGUAUUGCUUUAAAAUACUUCUAAGAGGUUGUGCACUGUGUGAUGGAGCAGAAUAUUAAUACUGUGUAAUUUGGGUUUGAAAGCGUUGUAAGAUUUCUAGCAUUCAUUUAUUUAAGUAUUGCUGGCUUGCAUCUACUUGCAAGAUGUUUUCAUGGUAACUGGCACAGUUAGGUUUCUUCUGUUUCUGACUUGAAUAUUAGAUCGGUGCAUUGCAUGCUUAGAAACUUCCAUUGGCUAUGAGAGACCAUUUCAGUGCUGAAUUCAGUGUUCAAACCAGAUAUUUGUUGUCAAUAACCUUGUCAGAUAAUGAAUUGAGCAUUGCCUGGUAACAACAGUAAGUUGUUUCCAGUAAUAAGAUCUGAAAUUGCCUAGAUUUUGAUUUAAAAAUAAAACCUAUGUAAACAUUAAGUAGGGGGAAGAGAACAGUCAAUGCAGCAUGUUUUUCUGAUCUACUUGCCACCAUUGCUGCUCCUGGCACAUAGAACAUUAACUUCUGCAGCGGAGGGAGAAGCCAGGAACUGCCCUCCAUUUACCAUGUUUGCUUCAGCCAUGCUACAACAAUUACUAGCCGUGGGGAGACAUGCUUUCAAUUUUCUUGUCUCAAGAGCCUUCCCAUUUUCCUAAUGGUUUAAUGUAUCGACUUUAUUGGGCUUAGCUUUGUUAGCUCCUUUGAGAAUGCUAAUAGAAAGGUGGGCUAUCAGUUUAAUAACAAUAUACUUGAAUGCUCUUAGGAGCACUCUCUUAGUAUCAGGUGUGUGUUUCUGGGGUCUUUUUAGCAACUGUGAAGGUAGUACCACAUGUUCAAAGGGGAGUUGAGGCAUGUGUUUUGAUUGUAUAAGGUGCUCUUCACGCCACUGUCUAAUCAUACAGCAAACUACUUAGUAAGUAGUGUUCAAAUGCAGAUUACACCACACAGAUGUUUGUUUCGGUUUUUUAAUGGAAAGUGAUGUCUUCCUUCAGCGUAGCGUCCAUUGCUUUUGCAUAAGCUUCCUAACCAUAAAAUUGCACUCUUUCUAAGGACAACUGAAAUAAUGUCAUCAUGGAAGUUGAUAUACAGAAGAUAACUCUUUGAACAUUUAUUUUUCUAACAUAGGUCCACUUUUUAACUCAAGUAUAUACUUGAAAUGCAAAUAAAAGGUGGCAUCUGAGGUUACUAUGAACUAACAUGCUGUAUUUUAUGUGACUCCCCCCUUUUUGCUCUUUUUGUGUACAUGUUUGUGUGUUAACUGCCCAUAUUAAACUGUAUGAAUAAUCUUCAGCAUCUUCAGCAUUUGGUUCUGGUUUGAACACUGUCCAUACACAGCAGGAAUAUGAACUUGUUAUCUAUGUAAUAAUAGUCUUUAUCAGUUGAAACCAUGGGUGGGCAAAAAGUAGGCAGUGGUCUCGUGCUUGACCACCUGAUGCCUGCUGGUUGCUUGGAUUCUUUCAGAGAAUGCUAGAUGAAAUAGACUUGAUCUAAUCUAGCAAAACGCUAACAAUGUCCUUAAGCAAGAGUACAUACUCAAGAUCACUAGGCACAAAUUAUUUAUGCCUUUAACAGUUAGGGAUCUGAAAAAUGCCCUCUAGUUUUAUAAAUUGAAUACACAUCAGUGGUCUGCAGGGAUGCUAGUUUCUGUGUGGUGGGGGGGUGUUCAUCAUGCAGAACUGAAGUCAGCCCACCCCUGGUUUAAACCAAGCAAGAGCAAGUAAACAUUUUAGCUUUCUGUCAACAUGCCUUUCCUCUGCACUUUAAAAUCAAAAUAUACAUAUAAAAUGAAAAUUCUGGAUCUCAAAUCUUGGUUGUAUCUGAUUAAGUUACAUCUUUUUCGCUAUGUGAAUCUCAAGCUUCUUUUUCGUUCAUAUUUGCUCAUGUGUCAUAAGCCAUGAUGGGGUUUUAAAGAACCCGGAAUUUUAAAACUGAAUUGAUCUAGGCAUCCUUUGUAUUCUAAUAGAGAAUAUAUAUUACACGACCCAUAGAAAGUCUAGACAAUAUCUAUCAUAUUAUCAUAGGGUUGCAGUAAUACUUCAACAAGUCAAUGGUCUGUUUAUUCAUUUCUAAACAGCCGUAUCAACUCGUAUUUGAUGUCCUUUCCUGGAGACUGAAUUUUGGAAGCCCACUAGUUCUCACUGUGACUAACCAUGGAACAUUCCAUGCUAACCACGAGAAGCUGGCUGGCUUUGUUAGAUCUUCCCAUUAGUUUGUCACUUUAACAUUGAGUAUAUUAAAUAGAUCAAUAGCUUCCAGUUUGGAAUUUGUAAAAACUCUUGUCGGUGCCUCAGUGAGUGCCACAUAUUCAUGAAUUAUUUUUAGGUUGCCAGAAAUAUUAAUUAAUAAGACCCCUUACACACCCUUUACUAUUAAGGCCCAGGGAAGGUUACAAAAAUAAAAUAUGUCACGAUGAAACAAAUAAAACAGUUCAGUAUAGAAAGCAAUUAUAAACAAAGCAAUACAGAUAUUUUUUUUAAAAAUUCCACACAUCAAAACAGUUUAACAUGGAUACAAAACAGAUGCUCCUUUAUCAACAGCGCCACACUUCGUCUAGUUUCUGCCGCCUUGCUUGGGCCACUUGCGCUUUCAUCAUGCCUUCUGCACAUUUGUAUAUAAAUAUUUUAAAGGGCACUUUUAGCUUAGUGGUAUUUGCUUCUAAUUUUGGUUUGCUUUUUGUGUUUUUCUUCCUCUUGGUUGUGCUGUUCUUCCCAUGAUACUGUGCUCACUCUUUCCGUGCAUCACCUGUGAUACCCCUCUGCUCUACCCACUCAGCUGUUGGUGAAGGGGGUACAUGAAACUCUGGUAGCUCAGAGAGUUGUUCCUGCUCUCAUUACUCUCUCCAGUGACCCUGAAAUGUAAGUUUCCCGACUGUCUUGAUACAACUAGCGUCCCUCUUCCAACGGGUCAAGAAAUAAACCAUCAGGGCAUAUAUAUGAUAACGAAACCGUAGAACAUAUUUCAAAACAAACAAACAAACAAAUGGUCACUUACCUUGCUCUUUAGGGGGAAAAAAUCUCCUUCCAAAAUAAAGUUUCAUUUGGGCUGGUGAAAUUAUUGCAAUAAUUGGAAAACAAAUGGUUCGACUUUAAAAGUCGCCACUCUUGGGUGCAGACAACUGUAGGCAACUUUCAUGUGCCAAGCGCCACCUUGUUGAUGUUUGUUUCUUCCGUGCUGAAGAGGGAUGCUAUUCUCACUAACACAUUAUUGCCAGUAAAUGCUGAAGCAUGAGCAGAGUCCUUAACAGUGUUAAUGCCCUGUGUGGGUGACUAAACUCAGAAAGGCCAGUGAGUCUGCCUGCCCAUCCUCAGUCACAGCUAACUUAGUUAUCCUUCCAUUUUAAAAUCAUUUUUAUUGCAUGUUGACUGGUUUACAGCUGACUCUCCGAGGCAUGAGUGAAGCCUUAGUUGACAAGCGGGUUGCUCCGGCCCUUGUUACCUUGUCCAGUGAUCCUGAAUUGUGAGUUUCUGAGUGUGACCUGUCUGUCUGUCUCGUUCCUUCCUUCCCCCCCCCCCCACCCCACUUUGAGCAUUUUGCUGGUCUCAUUGCUAGAAACUAAUACAUCUUCAAGUACUAACUUUGAAAUUUCAUUCAUUUUAAUUGAAAUCUGCUUUAAUCUUAAGGCUGAAGAACACUUCUGCUUUGUUUCCUCUUAGCUCUGUAAGAAUAGCCACAAUUCCUGCUUUUGGUACCAUCAUGGAAACGGUCACCCAGAGAGAGGUAAGAUGCCUGCAUGAUGUACCAGGGUAGCUGUUCACAGAUUUUGGCCACUAAACUCUGUAAGGGCUAACUUUUUUCAGAUUAACAAAGAGCCCACAGUCUUAGAAUGGUAGAUAAAGGAUGCUCAAAGUCUUUUUAAAGUGAACCACAGAGAAAAGAAACAAUACAGAAGUCAGUCCCUGCCUGCAAGCUUGCAGUCUAUUAGACAGAACACAGAAGAGGGAUAGGGAGGGACAAGACUGAGCUAAUUUAGGCACCAGUUCUGAGAAGUUGCGUGCCUUAAUUAAUUAGAAUGGAUAGGCAGCUCUUGCUCAUUUUGAUUAUGGACCCAGUGAACUGCUACAGAGCAGGCCUGCAUAUGUCCCAUAAAACUGUUUCCCAUUUCUUUUGAUAUAUUGGAGCUCAAUGGAAGCAGCUAGGCAGAAAGUAAUAAUAGUGAGGGUAUAGGUGUUUAUUCAAAGCAUUAAUCUAUUGAAAGCAUUAAUUUUUUAAAAAGAUAAAUUUCAGGAAUCAUUCCCCUCCUUCUCCUCUCCCUAAAUUUGUUCUGGGAAUUCCUCCAACCCCAAAACAAUUUGGGAGAGGAAAUUCUGUUGGACAAGCAGAAAUCUUUGCACCAGCAGGAGCGCUUCGGUGGAUACCAUAUGUAUAUAAUAUAUAUAAGCGCUGUUAAAACCUUUCAAUCUAAUUAUUGAAACUGAGUUUUGAGUGGUAAAAAAUUUGUAGAGUUUGCAUUCUUGUAAUUUUAGCUUGUUCCUGAUUUUCUAAAGAAAAAUAUUUGAGGAAAUGCAACUAAGAAUUUUGUACUGACUCAUACUUAUAUUCAGAAGCUGAGUAAGUAGUAGUAAAGUAGAUUAGAAUUACUAGGCUAAAGUUCAGAACAGUCUACGGUUCAGUUCAAUCUAAUUAAUAUACUCGCAUUUAUAAUGGGUAUUGUGAUUUGAGAGCAGAAAUUAAACAGUGAGCGCUUAAGACAUCAGUCAGGAUGGAUAUUCAAAUGAACACAAAUUUGAAGCCGAGGUGGCUGUAUGAAAGCAUUGAUUGUUUAUGGCAUCAAAAUACUAAUUGAAAAAGACAACCCUGCAGCAGUGGGGGGAGCUCAUAUUAUACAGAGAUGUCCUCAAGGGAGUAUUUUUUCUACUUAGUUUUAUUUAGUUUUGCUUUUCUUUUACAUAAAAGUAUUCAUAACUUCUGUUUCAUUUCUUCUUAAGCUGUUGGAAAGGGUUAAAAUGCAGUUGGCCUCUUUUCUGGAAGAUCCGCAAUACCAAGACCAACAUUCUUUACACACAGAAAUCAUAAAAACCUUUGGAAGAGUUGGGCCAAACGCUGAGCCAAGAUUUCGCGAUGAAUGUAAGUUGUCAUGAUGGAAAACAAACCUUGAUUUUCUUGCAGUUCUGCAAAUAUUAUAGCUCAUUCUUGUAAGUUGAAGUAUUGAUGAUAAAUUUCUUGCUGAAAUUUUAUUUUUCCAGUUGUUAUUCCACACUUGCAUAAACUCGCCUUGGUCAAUAACCAACAGUCUGCAGAUUCAAAAAGAUUGGAUAUUGCUACUCAUCUCUUUGAAGCCUACAGCGCUCUCUCCUGUUGUUGUAUCCUUGUUUGGUUUUGAAUAUCGCAACAAGUCAUUUAAAAGACUACUCCAUUGUGCUUUGGUAAUGAAUCCAUUUGCACGGAACUCUGAAAAUAUUGCAGCUAGAAAAUCCAGCCCUGUAGAAAUUCGCAGUAGCACUUCAUCAGAAUCUCUUCCUCUUCCUUUCCGCUUCUGCCCUGGGGGGGUCACCAGGUUUUCUAGAGAAGGAAAGAGGAAGCACCAGUGACAGAAGCUCUCCAUAGUAGAGGAAGGGAAAGAAUUAGUGAUAUGACAUGGGCACUUAGCAGGAGAGACAAGGAAUGCUUAAGAACUGGGGUGCUAGAACAAAUAGGAAGCAGUAGGAAGACUAGGCAGUAAUGAUAUCCCUGUCAUAUAUUUUGUGCCAAGCGAUUAAUUAUUUCUCUACUACGAGAAUAUUUUUAAUGAAUACAGUCGUACCUUGGAAGUCAAACGGAAUCCGUUCCGAAAGUCCGUUCGACUUCCAAAACCAAUUGGAAACAAGCCGGACGUUUGGCUUCUGAAAAUUGUUCAAAAACCGGACGUUUGGCUUCUGAAAAUGGUUCAAAAACCAGAACACUCACUUUCAGGUUUCGAUCGUUCAAGAUCCAAGGUACGACUGUAUUUAAAAAUAUGCACUGGGAAGACAUCAACAUGAGGUGUGAUAUAAAGAAGUCUUUAUAAAUGUUUGAAAAAUUUCUGUACUUGUCACUAUUUCUCUCUCCUCGUGUCUUGACUGUUAUCUUGCUCUCCUCGUGUCUUGCCUGUUAUCAAGUCCUCCUGAAACUAUUUUGAUAUUGGAAAUCCAUUGUGUUUGACAGUAACCAUUUCCAGUCUUUCUUUGUGUUUACCCCAAGGAGACAAUAUACUGGCAUUGAGAGAGUUAACCCUUUGAAAGGAAAACUCAGAAAUUAAUGUGCAAAAAUCAUUAUACUCUUUAUCUUCUAAUUUUGACUGGGGAAGGUGAUGGCAAGCCAAUAAUUUUAUGUUGGACCUUAACUGUUUGUCUUCUAGUUAUUUCAGAGGAUUUAAUGGUCAAUCACUUUUUACCUGGACUCAGGUGUUUACGAAAUGACAUGGAAUCUCUCUCGCCAGAACAUGAGGUGAGUAAUUGAAGCUGCCAUUCUUGCACAGCUGAGUUUUGAAUAGCAAAAGAAAUCUGGUGAUUCAUCAUUCCAUAUUAAAUAGCCAACAAAAGUAAAAAUAUUUUCCAUCCUGUAGUCUACAUGCUCUAAUACAAGGAGGCCCAACCUAAUGAUGUAAAACCUGCAUAUUUUCUCUUAUCCCUUCCCCAUCAAUACAAAAUCUGUACCCAAAGACUUUUUUGUGCAGGGCCAACGUAGUCGGGACCAUAGUGAGAGUUGCAAAAGGCCAACAGGAAAGAUAAUACCUAAAGUUCCUCACGUUUAAUUUAUAAUUGCUGCCAUCUACAAAUCACUCCUUCUAAUAGUGAAAUCAGGCAGUGCCAACAUGAAUGGAGUAAAAGGGAGCCUCUGAACAAACAAGACAAGAUACCAGCAUUGCUUGGGAGAACACAAAGGUUUGGAGAAAUACUGUACACCAAAUUUUUAAUGAGAAAAGCCCGUGAGGGCAAAAAACUCCAAAAGCAGUGCAAUGAGGACUGAGCAUGCUCAGUGGCCACAGAAUGUUGAGUAGUUGCAGAAUGUUGCAGUAGUGACCAUUUUGCAUGUAUUCAAUUGGUGUGUGACUGUCGGUGUGAAGGUCCUUUUGGACCUGGAAGAGGGCAGAAUGGGGAUACGGCAGGACAGGGUGUAUGUGUACUCCAUCGACACGCACGGGGGCUAGGAACGCAACCCCUGCACAAAUCGGGGGUUGCCUAUAUUUACUGGAAGGAAAAAAUACCAGGAAAUUGGAGCUGUUAAGGAGCAUACUGAUUGCCAGUUAAGUACCUGAAAUACAGUAUGGCAGCUUCAGUUGCACAGACACCAUGUGUCUAUUCCAAUGAACAUACAAAUCUGAGUCUUAGUUCCGUCACUCUGCCACUAAUAGUCUCCCAGCUCCAAGGUAGUGUUGAAGCUGAAACUAACCACAGGAUAGGAUACCAUACAAUACCAUAUCAGUAUUGUCUAAAUACCACCCAUAGGGAGUUGACCCUCAACAGCUCUUAUUUCCUGGCCUUUUGGUGCUUGAGCGAACAAGGAAAGCACUUAACCGUAUUUACUCAAAUGUAAUGUGCGCCUUUUUUUGGCCAAAUUACUUCGCGAAAAUUAGGGUGUGCAUUAGAUUUGAAGGCGCCGGCAAAUACUUUUUUGGUUUCAAGAUUUUGAAAAUUGAGGUGCACAUUAGAUUCGAUGGCAUAUUAGAUUCGCGUAAAUACGGCAAUACAGCUUGUUAAACCAAAAGGAUUUCUUUGUUAAUUGAAUAGACUUUUAUCUGACCAAACAAUGCCAUUCUAUGUGUUGGGAGUUUUUUUUGUGGGGGGGCUCAUUACACACACAUGCACAGAGCUGUUGCCCAUGAAACAGUUUCAAAGUUGGAAAUAGUUUCUUGAUAUAAAAAGGGUUCUAUGUCCCUGCACGAGGUCAGCAAUCAGACCACAGGAACACAUGAAACCAUGAGGUGGGACACCCAUUAAAUACUUCUGACAUUUUGUAGCGCAGCCUAGGCAUGUUGUAUCCCACAACUGGAGUUGUACUGGUCAUGACCUAGCAAAUCUGGCACCAAAGGUGCACAGUUCCAUUGGUAAAGAGCACAAGGGCAUGACGCAGAAGUUAAAUCCGUCUGCACAACAAACCAGUGAGGGCACAACGUAUAUGCCACAUCUACAGGAAAGGAAAACAUCUCUCACCAUCAACAGAACAGUCUCUCUCUGCUCCAUAGCAACAGCCAAAAACAUGCCACCCACAUUAUUCUGGAAAACAAAAUACCACAGGCAGAGGAGGAGAAAUGGGAAUGGAACACACUCCCUCAAGCAGCCGUCAUAGCAUGUGCAACAUAUCAGGCACAAAAUUUGGAGCGGUUGCAGCAUGUAAGCAUAUGCCAUCACUCUUCUCUUUUUAAAAGAAGAAAGAUGCACGAUUGCAGAAUUACUAGGGUCCUCAGUGCUGGUUACAGUGCUACAGUGGCCUGGUUUGGAUGAUCACUCAAGGCUUCAUCAGGGCCCAGCGCUCCUCCUUUCCCCCUCCCCUUACAUGCCACUUCAUAGCUUAGUUUCUGGCUUCUGUUAAGUCAGAUUCCCCUGUUGCUUCUGAACCAAAGAGCUCUGGCUUAAUAUGAAUUAAGCCAGGAUUAGAUCCUGAGCGGAAGAAAAGUGGGAUAAAUGAUUUCAGUAAAUGGUUUUGAAUAAACAAACACAAAUUUAUUGAGGGAUAACAUAAAAGAUAGAUAAUAUAAGGGUGUAUACAGUUUUAUAAUAUGCAGAAGUUAACAUUGGAUGAGAAAUCAGAGAGAGGGAGGGAGGGUUUGUUAGGGAGGUGGGAGAGGAAAUAUGGGGGGGAAUAAGGAAGAUGAUUUGUUUUGAUAAUUUGCUAUGCUGAAAUUGUUAAUAAAAAAUGAUUUCAGUAAAUGCCUUUAAUCAGCUUGGUAGGUGCUAAUAUUACACAUACAUUUACAACAAGAGGUUUAGUCUCAGACCAUAGCCUGGUUCCGUAUCUGAGGCAGAGCUUACACUUUGCAAAGAGGCAAUAAAAGGGGGAAAUAAGAGUAAUCCAUUGCUCUCCCUCAUAGUGCGUUCUGAGAGCCCCACAUUCCAGGAGUUCAGUGAGCUGUACUUGACAGUAGGAAAGUUGCUUGGACUUCCUAUUUUGGAGAGUGCAAAGCCUCUGUGAAUGCACUCAAUCUGGGCUUUGUAGCGGAUAUUCACAGCUUAUACAUAUAUUUCUCAGAAAGCUAAUGAUACACAUAAAGCUGAUUGACUGUGUAAAAGAGCUACUGUAGAAAAAGCAUGCAUUGGACUCCCACUGAGGCACGGAUAAGACCCAGACUUCUGUAGCUUUAGCAGCGUUGCCACAAUAUGUUUCUUCAAACCGUGCCCCAGAGCUUUUUUAUUAUUAUUGCAUAGAACUUGCAUUUCACCUCAGCUUUAGUGUGUCUCUAUUCAUAUAUUCAACUAAGAGUCCAGAAAUAAAAAAUGCGCAUGCUUGUAUGUGGAGGCAAGACCUUGGCUGGCUGUUUUAAAAACGAGGUUCUGCAUUUCAGCUAUCCAUUUAAAAGGAACUAAAUAAGGUUCAGAUGCUUUGUGGAUCCACAGAGGAGUAGGUAACCCUUCUGUCAGAUUCCUAUCUCUCUGGUUCUGCUUUCAUUUUGAUAUGCCCCAAAUCUAAAGAUAUAUAGGGCAUAGAUCAGGGGUUUGCAAACUUUUUCAGCAGGGGGCUGGUCCACUGUCUCUCAGACCUUGUGGGAGGUGGACUAUUUUUUGGGGGAGGGGGAAUGAUGCAAGAGCACCACGAGCUCCAGUGGCUUCUUACCUGUGUCUUGCGAGCGGCGGUGGGACAAUGAGCGGCACACGAAAGGGCUCCGGAGAGGGGCUGCUUAAAAUGGCGGCCACUCGAGCGUUGCUGCUGCUGGCACCCACAAAGCCCAGCCCCCUUCCUUCUCUAGGCAGGUCGGGGAGAAGCCAGGAGGAGGGAGGGCGGAGGCACUGCCAUGGGAGGGAGAGGGAGGGAGAGGAAAAGAAUGCAUGUGCUGGCGAUCCACGUGGCGAUUCUCAGAUCGUCCGUGGGCCAGAUCCAGAAGGCAGUUUGGCCUGAUCUGGCCCACGGGCCUUAGUUUGCCGACCUGUGGCAUAGAUUAAUUCCUGUUGAACACACUAGCCUCAGACCGGCCCACCAGCUCCACAACAUGCAACUUAACUCCCUUCAGCUACAGCAUGGGCAAUGCCUUGAGCCAGAAAUAGUCAGUGCCUGCUUGUUAGCUUAAAUAAAUGAAUACAGUGGUACCUCGGGUUACAUACGCUUCAGGUUACAGACUCCGCUAAACCAGAAAUAUUACCUCAGGUUAAAAACUUUGCUACAGGAUAAGAACAGAAAUCGUGCAGCAGCGGCAGCAGGAGGCCCCAUUAGCUAAAGUGGUGCUUCAGGUUAAGAACAGUUUCAGGUUAAGAACAGACCUCCAGAACAAAUUGAGUUCUUAACCCGAGGUACCACUGUAAUGCUUAAAAUUAGUAGCGGAUAACCAUGUAGUUCCAUAGGAGUUGGAAUUAAAAACAUACAGUAGGGCAAUAGCUUUAUUAGGAAUCAGCCGGAAUAUCACAGUAUAGUGAGCAAACUAAAGUUAUACAAACCAAAUAACCAGGAUGCACAUUGAGCUUCCUUUAGGCAUGCCAGGUUCUGAGAUCUUUGUUCUAGCUUUUCACUCCCUGCUUUAGUACAGAAGGAUAUUCAUUCCUGUUAGUGUUUUUCCUCAGAAUGGAAUGAUACAUAUAUGUGUACAUAUUAAUGCCAGAGUUUCCAUGGCACAGUAUCUCUAAGUGAAAUAGUGUAUCGCAGUUAAACCUCACUAGCUGUGAUCACAAAGUAAAAGGUAUAUUAAGACACUCUUUCAGUGAUUAUUGACUUUGAUGUGCCUACAAACAUUGCAGUCUUCAAAUAUUACUUGAAAGGUGAGGUAAGUAAAAGUUUUAUUGCUUAUCUGGUUUCCUCUUCAUUCGCAAACCAUAUAUAGUCAUUACCCAGAAGUAUAUUUAAAACAGUAUAUGUUCAAACUGCAACAUUGUUCUGCCUUUUGUCCUAGGUUAUUUUAAGCUCCAUGAUAAAGGAGUGUGAACAGAAAGUGGAAAAUAGGAGUGUCCAAGAACCGCAAGGGUAAGGCAUUGGUUUAUCACAAGUUAGCAUCUUCCUUCAUUGUGUAAACAACAUUAAUCAAUUGUAACUAGGUUGAAAUACCAGAUUUUUGGCCUGGGCAAAUUUGCUUUUAUUUUAAAAUAAAGCACCAACAGCACUUCUGCUACUUUCUGCAAAAGUCCAGCAGGAAUGAUUAGAAACCACACUUGCUUCCUUCUUCAUGUAGGAAAUGAGAGGCAGUUCCUUUUCCUUCCUGUUUUGGUUUUUUUGCAAAAGCCAGCAGGGAAAUGCAGUGGGCACUUUCUCCAAAAGCCCAACUCAUUUUUAUUUUUCUAAAAAAUCCUCCUCUGAAAAUGGGCAGGGCAGGAAAGGUAAGGUGGUUUUGCACCCAAAUUGGGGCUUUUGCAGAAAGCGUCACCUGAGUCUUGCUUCCUAUUGCAGCAGCCGAAUGUGACAAGAAGAAACUUCUUUUAUUCUCUGUCCUACAUGUGGAAAAGAAGCUGUAGGUUUUUUCACUGUUAUGCUUUUCUUGCUGGAGGCAGCAAUAAAACAAAGAUGGCACUUCUUGCUGAAGCUCAACUCAUGAUGGGAACAAAACCAAGAGCAGUAUUCAAUGAAUGCUACCCAUGAGCACAAAGAUUUCUCCUUGCACAACAGGCCUUUCCCUCCCCCUGCAUACAUGACUUCCGCCCUACCCAAAUGUGCUCCAGAGGCUUGGGGGAACCUCUAUAACAAAUUUAGGGGGCAUGCAAGGAGGGGGUGCGAACGUUCCAUUGUGCAAGCAGAAAUGCUUGUACUGACUGAACGUUCACUUAGCGCUGUGGUCUAAACCACUGAGCCUCUUGGGCUUCCGAUCAGAAAGUCGGUGGUUCGAAUCCGUGCGACGGUGGUGAGCUCUCGUUGCUCUGUCCCAGCUCCUGCCAACCUAGCAGUUUGAAAGCACACCAGUGCAAGUAGAUAAAUAGGUACCGCUGCGGUGGGAAGGGUAAAUGACAUUUCCGUGCGUUCUGGCUUCCGUCAUGGUGUUCCGUUGUGCCAGAAGCGAUUUAGUCAUGCUGGCCACAUGACCCGGAAAGUUGUCUGUGGACAAACACCGGCUCUCUCGGCCUGAAAGCAAGAUGAGCGCUGCAACCCCAUAGUCGCCUUUGACUGGACUUAACCGUCCAUGGGUCCUUUACCUUUUAUCUUACAACCCCAUAUCUUUCAUCUACAGAUAUAAGAGAAGGAAGGACAGGUGACUCCCAUCCUUUCUCAUUACUUUGCUGCUUCUGCCUUCUGGAAAAUCCUGAUUGAAGGGAAAGAGACGACCCAAUCUUUUCUUUGUGGAGAGCUGGGGGUGCAGGGAAGGGGGUGAAUGAUUUCUCUCCUUUUUCACUGGGCUAGUGUAAGAAGACAGCAAAAGGAGGGCUACUUGUACCUUCCUCAGAAUCCAUCACAAGGGCAAACGGGGGAAAUCCCAAGAAUCAGGCCUAGGCUAAGACAACUAGCUUCUUUGAUAAGUGGAAAUGAUUAUGAUAUUGGGCAACAGCUGACUGUUGUAGCAUCCUGCAAAGAUCUAUACAUAUAAACAUAUUUCCACACAAACAGCUUUAUUGUUGGAUUGAAUGGCCUUUUCCCCGACAAACCAAAUUAAUUAAAUUUCUAAUUACCUUGCCAUUAUUACGUUAAUGGGGCUGCGACACUUAAAAUUUAGGUAGCUGGAAAUAAAAAUCAAUGGUUCAAUUUAAAUUUUAACUACCACUAGCAUAACAGGGAUAUUCAGUAUGGAAGGAAAGGUUUUGUUUUUCACCUUCCCCCCAAUUCUUUUAAAUAGCACUUGGAAUGGAAACAAAAAUUCCAAGUAUAUUUGCACUUCAAACCACUUGUUUCUUCUUUUUUUAAUCUUCUGACUCCAUGCGUGUUUUUGCUUCCCUCCUUUUUCUCUUAGCCUGGGUUCGAGGACAGGCAGGUGCACUUAAGAUCAUGGGCUGCCAGCUGUCUUAACUUUGAGGAGGUUUAGUUGGUGGGUGGGGUUUUGCUUGAUACUUGCUCAGAGUUUUGAAAGCCAUUGUUUUAAAUGGUUUUACUUUUUAACACCAGCCUCUUGAACUUACUUAUAGGACCCAUGGAGCUACCUUAAACCAGGUCAGGUUCUUGGUCCCUCUAACCGCAUACUGUUCUGUUUGACAGUAGGGUUCUGUAGCUGUGUCAUCUCAGGUAGUUUUCACUGAUGGGUUAACUCACUUUUCCUUUCACUCCCCCUUAGCUCUAUGUCAAUUGCAUCAAGCCUCGUGAGUGAAGACACAAAGACCAAGUUUCUGAACAAAAUGGGCCAGUUGACCACUUCAGGUGCCAUGCUGGCCAACGUAUUCCAGAGGAAGAAAUAAAUGAGAAAAGGAAGUCCUUGUAAACACUGAAGAGACCUCAUUUAAGACUGGUUCCUUGUACUUGAAGUACUUGCCUUUUUAUUUCCCCGUCUUACGUUCUUGUAGCAUAAUUUUACUCUAACCAACAAAGAUAUUUGCACUGCUCUUGAAUAUUGCUACGUAUCUGUUAAUUUGGGGUUAAAUGUGGUUGAUUAUAAAACUAAAUUAAGUCUGUAUCAAGUCCCUGUUCUGUGUUCUCGUCUUUCCAGCAUAUAUAUAUAUGGUUUAUAUAUAUAUAUAUAUAUAAUGGGGUUGUUUUUUUAUUUCCUGAUGGGUUCUCGGCUGAUAUCUGUAUUAUACAUCAAACUGUUAUGGUGGUACUUAAAAUAAUGUAAAUCUGAAGUCACGGUCAUGAAGUAAUAAAAGUGGAGAUUACUUAUGUAUUUAAGUUAUAAGAAGAUAAUGCAGAAUUUUUUAAUGUUUCUAAAAUGAAAGGCAAGAGCCACCAGCACAAGUCUGAUUCCUGGAUUGUUUUUGUAAGUUAUUGUAUAUUUGAAUUAAAGAGUUAGAGAUUAUAAUGUAUAACAGAACUGCUUGCACUACAAGUCUCAAAAGAGGUCCAGAUUAUUCUAGAACUGAUGGAUAAACCAAAUUUUUGAGAUAAAUCUUGUGCAUGUAUUGGCAUUUUUUAAUGUGUGUGAAGCAGCUUAGUUAUUGGCUGCACUGCUUUAGACAGCACAUCCCAAUGAGCAGAGGUGGGUGGAUGGGUGGGAAAUUUUAUUCCAGUGCAGUCCUAAUCAUGUUUACUGAUUUCAAUGGGGCUUCCUUCCAGCACAGAGUGUGUAUAGUAUUGCAGCAUGAAGUGCGAUGCUGCUGUGCGAAAACAUUUUAUCCGCAUAGAUGCUCCCCACAGCAGUGCUAUGCUUCCCCCCUACGUGUCACCCUACAAAUGUACAGUGUCUAUGUGCCAGAGCAACACCUGCCUUGGCUACUGAUGCCGUGUGUGCUAUGGACAUAAGCUGAGCAGGGCAUGGGGUCAGCACCUUCUCCAGUGGGAUGCUAGAUGUGUCGAGUGGCUACAUGGACAUGACCUUUUUCCCUUGGCUAGUAUCUCGUUUAAGUCAGGCCUGAGGGUUUGCAGGGCGGCAGCAUUCAAAGAGCACAUUGUAUUUGAUCCACGACGUACUACAUAGCAGCACUCCAGCGACUAAAAGCAAUAACUUGUUUCGCCUUCGACACCAAUUAAGUUGUGAGGUUGUUGAUGCAAUGUAACUUUAAAGGGCCUUUUGAAUUAUGUAAAUUUAAUGUAGACAAUGUACGGCGUGGUUUCUAUCCCAGUAGCUAAGGAGUGGUUCGUGGAUCGAGCAAAGCCUUCCAUCAGCUGGAACGGGAAUCAGACUGACCUUUGGUGAUUUCUCUGGUCGUGCCGGAGGACCUCCCACCCUUCUAGCACAGAUUUCGGAUGGGGAUUUGCCAACGAUUGCCUUGAUUCCUUCUUCACUGACUAAACACUCCAUGGGAUCAAGGAGCCUUCUGUCAACACAAUGGGAUCCAACCCUGUAUAUUUCUUGAGAACUGUUAUCAAUAAUUUUUAAUGCUGACUUCUACCACAGUUUUCAUCAUUGAGUAUGUAACAGUUGCCGCAGCCUUGCAACAUACUUGUGUAGUAAAUUGGGCCAGCAGCCAGAUUUGUCUGAGGCCUCACAGGGUUUCAUGGCUGUGUGCAGAUGUGCUCUGAAUGCAAAACUGUCGCCACUGCAUCUUUCUCUUCUUAAAGCUCCGGCAUGCUUCUUUACAGAGCUGCAAAGAUAGAGGUAAACAUUCCGUUUAAAUAUUGCUGUGUUAUGUAAACUCUGUUUUUGCGAAAUGGGAAAGGGGUGUUAAACUUGAUUGGUGUCGGUGGGCGCAGGCCCAGUUCCUCUGCUAUUUCUUUGCAAAGAGGCGGCUGUACUGAUAGCACUCUAUAUGUAGGAGUCACUAGCCCAAGAAUCUCACUCUGGCAUUAAGCCUAGCAAACGGAUCAAGCCUUGCCAAGCCCCGGUCACAUCCCCUGCAUGUUCUGCAAUAAGAAAUGUGGAGACUGUCCAGUGGAAGAUCUGUGAGACCAGUACCUUCAGCAAUCACUGCAAUUCCUGUUCAGAUGACUGGCAAAGAGAAGGGGGCACCAGCUUUAGGCCUCCCAGAGCUCCUAUUGUAUCCGACUGGGUGGGCGCAGUAUGUUUAUCUUUUCAGAUACCUGUCAUAUCUGUAACAAAGGACCUGUUUUGCAGACGCCGCAGCUUUCAUUUUUUGAAUUGUAUACACUGACAUUUUUAACAAUUCCCUAUCUCGGUUACUGCCAGGUGUGCUGAUUCUGUUGCAAGUUGUUGUCUUAACAGACUACCUGAUUAUGAAUUGUUGGAGACAUUCCUGAGGAAUUGGAAGUGGCUGUGUCUCUUGUCCUUUCUUGAGUUAAAUAAAAUGUUUUGCAUACCU